CGACAACAUUGUUGGUUACAGGAAGAAGGGCUGGGCCUCGGCGUCUCGUCCAAUCGCGUCGCCGCGCUGUGAGAACGACGACCGCUGUCAGCCAAUCGGAUUCUCCGAGGGGGGCGGGCUCAUGGUCAGCUGCGGCCUGUUCUCGGGAUCAGGCGGAUAGGAGCCGGAGAGGCAGACGGGAGGAUUAGGUGACAAGCUGCGGGCCAACCGCGGACACCUCUCGUGCUGGCACGGGUGACAAGAGCUUGUUGGGCAGAUAUAACAGUAAGCUUCUUCACCGAGUGUACCUGCUGAUUAAUAGGGAACCGUGCGGCCAGCACAGCUCGCCAUGGAUAUAAUCAAUACAUAAUCAAUACACCAUAAUAACAAUACACACAGAGAGAGGGUAUUAUUACAGCACCGCCCGGGUUAUGGAGGACAUUGUGUGCAGGCCGUGCUAAUUAUUAUUAUUAUUAUCUGUCAAUGCAGCCCUAUGGAGUGUCUGUGCUAUCAUUACUCAGGGUAUUACAACAAUGGGGGGAGUAAUAAUCAAAAUAUUCCCCCCCCCCCCAUACUCACACACAAUAAUUAUACCAUUAGCUGGUAAGGUCGAGGUAUCUCUGGUCAAUUGAUGUUGUGUUUGGGAAACCUUCCCUUUGUACUCAUUAAGCCAUACAGUGUUGUUGCCACAAGGAGAGAUUUAAAAAAAACAUUUAUUUAAAAAAUAAAUCCCUAAAUUAAUAUAAAAUAUUCAGAUUAUUAAUAUUCUUGCACAGAGUUGAUGCUAAGAAUUGUAAACAUAAAAAUUUAAUAUAAGUAAAAAGAAGCGACAACACAUUUGUCAUUCUUGCACAGGGUUGCUGCAGAUCUGAAUUAUAAUAAUAAUAAUUUAAAAUGUUGAUACAAGAAUGAUCAAUGACGUUAAGGGGACUUACGUCUCCUAGGUUUGUGAGAGCAGAAUUAUUAUAAUUGUGUAUAAAAGGCAUCUUAUGGCAACAUUCUUUAAAAAAUAUAUAUAUAUAUAUAAAUAAAAAGGAAUGUAGUGUAGAGCUCCAAUUCAAAGAUUUGAGAAAACAGAGUUCUUAUGAGUAGCAGGGUGGUAAUCUGAGACCUAGAAGGUUACGUUCAAAGGUGAAAGACAAUGCAGCUAUUUAAUACAUUUACCAAUUUGUCAUAAUGUUAGGGGUGGAAAAUACAUGAAAUCGAUGUACCAUGAUUUCAUGAAUCUUAUAUUUGAAUUUUACCAAGAAUUAUCUACUGAUUGCCUUGGUAAUGCGUUCCUUGGUACUAUUGGCAUAUGUAGUACAAGUAGGCUGACUGAAAGUACUUGAUUAAAAUCUCAGUUAUUGACCAUUUAACCAGCGCAACAAAGGACAUAAGACAGGUGAAUGUGGGAGACAAUUAUAGAAGAGGAGCAUGAUAUUAAUUGUCACAGAAGUAAAAUGCAUUGGGUGAUUGCAUGACAUCAUGUAUUUUUGGUUUGGUCUUUAGCAUUGACUGACCAUUUACAGAUGGGGAUUUGGUUAGUUUCACAAGAGUGCAGGUCGUUUGAGAACUGUCUCUGAAGUCUGUAAACAUACCUGUUAAAUUUAAAAAUAAUUGGUGUAUAUAGUUCUCUUUUUAAUUGGGGGAUUGUCUGUUGUUGAAUUAAGUCACAGUAGAGUCAUGUGAAUGAACAUAAUUGCCAUCUAAAGUCCCGUUUACAAAUGAUUGUUUAACCUUUAUGUAGUGCCCUUAUCCAGAGUGAACAAAUAUUAGUAAAUACUAUUCAUUUAUACACCUGCUACUAUCAAUGCACUUGUUGAAAUAGAUUUCUUUUCCCAAAGUAUUGUUUCAUGGCAGUAAUUUUCUUUAUAUAUUUAAAUAACUUGCAUUAGUAUACAUAAGAGCAAGGUAGGUAGGUACAAGUGAAUAUGUUUUGCUGUGUUGCCUUUUUAAAGUAAGGAAAGUUAGACACCAGCUGUCAUCAAAUAAACGGAGCAUCAAAAAGUAUAAAACUAAGGCUAACCGAUAAUGUCUCACGAACACCCCAUAAAACAUACAAAACCAAAAAAUAUGUAUAACUAAAAAGCAAAGCUCUGCAAAGAAGUAAAUCAAAUAAUAUAAAUAUACAACCUGGUAAAUUAAAUAGUAUAAAUAAUAAUAUAUUGCAAUCUAGGAGAGAAAAUGAAACUCAAAAUAGUGUGAUAUAGUUUGAAUCAGUGUGGGGAAGGGGGAAGUAGAACACACAAGAUAGUACUGAAAAGUAGGCACAUUUCCUCUUAGUGUAUAGCCAGAAGUGGCGUCUUGUCCCAAUAGGUAUCUUGCGAUUUGGGACCUCUAAUGAUGUUUAAAAAAAAGAGAGUGCAAUACUGUAUACCAAAAAAAACUAUUUAAUGGGUAAAUGCAUUUAAAAACAGAACUAUAAAAUCUGCCACAACAAGUCAUCAAUUUUAGGAUACAUGGCUUUUUUGCUCGUAUUAUUAAUCAUAGUGUAUAUAACUGUCUCAUUGCCUGUGUUUUUUCACUGUAUAUACUAUGUAAUUGUAGUGGUGUAUGCUUGUUUCUAACUUGAUAGCAUUUAAAAUGUAUCUGAAUUUUAGGCGCUUUUAUUUCAGUUGUGUUUUCUGUGCAUUUGUUUCUUUUUUUGGCCACAAUCUGGACUUAUAGCAAAUGCUUAUUCUGAUGAUUCUUUUCUGUUUUUGUGUUGAGAUGCUUUUUGGUCAAAUUCUGCUACUUAUUGUGAAGUUUGGUGGAUUAAAUAUGUCCUUUAUUAAAAGUAGGAAGUAAUUAGUUAGUCCUCUUGGAUAUAAUUAAGACAUUAACUGAUUGCAUUGACUUGUUCUUUGUGCCCCUUUGUGAAGCAAUGUCACAGAAAUAUCUUUAGCAUCAAAAAUAUGUAUUAAAUAUGUUGCCCAUGUCAAAACCAUACAGAUAAAAUGCUGAUUGUGUAGAAAAUAUAUGGUGCAUUCCGGUGGUGAAUCAAAUGUUGGUGACCAGGGUGUUUUUUUUUGGGGGGGGGGGUUUGUUUGUGCCCCAUGUGGGCAUUGUUUAACCACCUCAAUUUCUCACUGCACCCAACUUUCCAUCCAUCAUGGAGGUCAUCAGUGACAAAUCCAAUGCUUCUUCAUAGAAGUGUGACAAUUGGCGCACUGUGCCAUUAAGAAUCUUCACAGUUACAUUAUACCAGGGGAUUUCUAUGGGGAACGUUCACCAUCUUCGUUCUGAGCUUAUAGUGAACCUGUAAUGUAAUAAAAUAAUUAUUCAAAUCACUUUCAUAUACAUUGAUUAUAUAUCGUAGAGAUACAUGUGAGCAUAACUUUUGUGGCUGGGAAAGUAUUUGAGGGGUUAUUAAGGGAUACAAUUCAGGAAUUUAUUGGGAAGAACAUUGUUAUUGGCAAUAAUCGGCAUGGUUUUAUGAAACAUAGGUCAUGUCAAACUAACCUAAUUGCAUUCUACAAAGAAGUAAGCAGAAGUCUAGAUCAGGAUUUUGCAGUCGAUGUGUGGGUAGGAUAUUGCUUUGCUGCAGAGGGAUUUAUAUAAAUUGGGGGAAUGGGCACUCAAAUGGCAGAUUAAAUUAAAUAUAGAAAAAUGCAAAGUUAUGCACUUGAGGGGGGGGGGGGAAUGCACAAGUCACUUACACUCUAAAUUGUAGUAAAUUAGGGAUAACAACACAAGAAGGAUUUCGGAAUUGUUAUACAAAACAAACUAGGCAACGAUAUGCAAUGUCAAUCGGCAGCUAGGUCAGUAAGGUAUUCUGUUUAAAUAGGGACAUUAAUUCUCGGGAUGAAAAUAUAAUUUUGCCUCUUUUACUAUUUACUGGAUGACCACACUUUUGGGCACCUGUUCUAAAGAAGGAUAUUAUGGCACUAGAAACAGUCCAGAGGCAGGCUACAAAAUUGAUAAAAGGAAUGGAGCAUUUAGCAAGUUAACCAAUUUAUCAAUUUGCUAAAAAAGUUAGGAGCCAUUUAUUUUUUUCAAACGACAAAAAAUACGAUUCUUAAAGGAACACUAUAGUCACCAGAACCACUGUAACUUAAUGUAGUUAUGGUGUCUAUAGCCUGUUCCUUUAAGAAUUGUAUAUUGCAUAGAGGAGCUGAACGUUCCCCAUAGAGAUGCAUGGAUUUAAAGCAUCUCUAUGAGGAGAUGCUGAUUAGUCCGGCAUUUUGCGGCACAUGCUCAAUAGCUUCACAAUGCUUUCCUAUGGAAAAGCAUUGGAUUUGCUGAGAUCACCAAAAUUAUCUCAGCUAUGGAGGUGUGCCAGCCGCAGUGAGACGGGCACGUAAUUGGAAAAACGGUAAGUAAAAGCACCAUUCCCAUGUGACCUAAACAUGUACAUGCAUUGACAGACGGAAACAGGCACACAUAUACACAGACAGACACACUCACAGAUAUAUGUAAACACACUCUCAAAGUAUUUUUUUUUAUAUACACAGAGAUACACACAGACAAAUAUGCAGACAUACACACACACACACAGAAAAAAGAUAAAUACAUAUAUUACCACCCUCCUCUUACCUCGUGGGCGCAGGAGGGGCUUUUCUUGGGUCCAGUGGGGCUGGAUGCAGCUGAUAGGAGUGGGCUGCCGCUGAUCCAGACUCCUACUCUCCUGUCUCUGUUAUCUCAGUGUGCCGGGAGGAAGUGAAAGGAACUUUACUUCCUUUUGACGCUGAACCAGCGCAGGGGAAUGGGCAGGCUAGCGUGCGUGCGAGCGGCUCUGCAGAUUGGGUGGCUCUGCGACCAGAGACAUCUCAACCUGUUUCCCUGUCAGCUUUUCCUUCUCCUGCGCGGUCUCAGCACCGGGAAGAAGUAGUUACAGUUCACUUCACUUCCUCCCGGCGCGCAGAGAUAGAGAGAGGAGGUGGAAGGGACGGACUGACAAAUCCCCGGCGCCAUGAAAAAAUUCUUAGUCGCCAUGGCGACCUGGCGCCUGGGAUCUGUCAAGCCCUGCGUUAUGAUAGCAUUAUACAAAUCCCAAUUGGGGCCAAUACAAACUAUUGUCUGGAAAUCUAUUCAUAAAUAGGACACAAGGUCAGGCAUUUAGACUGGAAGAAAGAAGAUUUAGUCUAAGCAAAGGAAAAAGUAUUUUUACAUUAAGAUCAAUAAGGAUGUGGAAUUCUCUGCCUCGACAGAAGAUUUUAUCAGAGGCUAUACGGAUAUUUAAACAGAAAUUGGAUAAAUACUUAAAAAUAAUAAUAUACAGGGACAUCAAUUCUAAUUUGUAGGGUAAAAGCUUCUUAAUUCAAAGAUAAAUCUGCCAUUCUGGAGUCAAGAAGAAUUUUUUUUCCAUAAUUUGUUGCAAAAUUGCACUUCAAACUCGGAUUUUGCCUUAUAUUGCAUUAAACAGGAAAAACAAAUGUGAGAGAGGCUAAACUUGAUGGACACAUUUUUUUUUUUUUUAGCUAUGUAUACAUGUGUGUUCAAUGUAAAAUAUAAAGAUUUACUCACUUUACUUCCAUUACAGCGCCUAUUCGUGUAACACCCACCUCCUGGCCAUCUUCGCCUCCUCUGCCUACGCUCCUCCGCCUCUAUUCUUCUUUGAUUUGUCCUGCUUGAGAUGUAUCCCCCAAUGAGGGCAAAUCGCGUCAGUGACAUUGGCAUGCUUGUGCCAAAAAGGAGUGACGUCACCCCGCUCCUAUGCUCUCUAGCCAACGCUAGGAAGAUUCCUUAGCAACUGUAGUGCAUUCGCUUUGGUUGCUAUGGGAGGAGAGCCAAGGGACAUUCUGUUGGGAGGUCUUUACUGCCCCCCUUUUCAGUCAAUGCCUCGGCAUGCAGAGGCAUUUACUGACAGCUAGGAUAAAAACAUAUUUUUAGAUAGGUUUGUCUCAUAAUUUAUACAUUUGUUAGCACAGUGUAUAGAUAAAAUCCUGUUUGGGACGUAACAGGUGCUCUUUAAAGGUAUUGAAUGUCAAUCAUGCAAAGAUUGCGCAACCGUAAUAGGGCGCACAUUUAGUUGCUGUUGGAGUGUCAGCUCUAGAGCUGUCCUUAGAAAAAGGUAGUGUAUUCCGUGUAGGAAUAAGGACUUUGUGCCAAAACCAGUACAUUAAGCUGUAGUGGUUCUGGUUCUAUGUGUCCCUUUUAAAUUACCAUAUUUUUCUGUGUAUUAGACGACCCCUAUUUUUUUUGAGCCAAUAAUUGAGAGAAAAGUAUUGAACUUUGAUAUCUUAGAGGUGACUUCUGAGGAGAACAACACACUUCUGAUUCUCAUGCCUCCCCUGAUCUAUGCCACUCUGUGAAGUUAAAGGACCACUAUAGUGCCAGGAAAACAUACUCGUUUUCCUGGCACUAUAGUGCCCUGAGGGUGCCCCCACCCUCAGGGUCCCCCUCCCGCCCGGCUGUGGAAGGGGGAAAGGGGUUUAAACUUACCUUUUUCCAGCGCUGGGCGGAGAGCUCUCCUCCUCCGUUCCGCCCGUUGGCUGAAUGCGCAUGCUCGGCAAGAGCUGCGCGCGCAUUCAGCCGGUCGCAUAGGAAAGCAUUUGCAAUGCUUUCCUAUGGACGCUGGCGUGCUCUCACUGUGAAAAUCACAGUGAGAAGCAGGCAAGCGCCUCUAGUGGCUGUCAAUGAGACAGCCACUAGAGGCUUUGGGGGAAGGCUUAACCAAUUAACAAACAUAGCAGUUUCUCUGAAACUGCUAUGUUUAUUAAAACAUGGGUUAACCCUAGCUGGACCUGGCACCCAGACCACUUCAUUAAGCUGAGUGCCUGGUCUGGGUGCCUAGAGUGGUCCUUUAAUGUCUCCAUCGUGCAUGGUGGGAGACUACAGUUCCCACAAUACAGCAGGUGGUUUGAGGGCAUGCAGGGACAUCACAGCCGUAUUCCGUCAGCUUCCUGAUCACCAUUUCCUCCACCAUAAAUAUAAAUCAGAAAGCAAGACCUACCUGUGGUGGAGCAUACCUUAAUAUGGCUGCUCCUUUUAGGGUGUGGCAUGUCUCUGAAACUCCGUUGGUGGUAAAUGCUGACUCUGCUGCAGCUCCAACUCGUAUAGGGACCUCUUCCUCCUUGCCACAUCAUUCAGAAGUGGAUCAGCAAGAGGGAGGCCAGGUAUGCAUGUUGGCAGUGGCACACUGAAACGCAUCAAGUGCCAUCUUGGCUUGGGUCCCGUGCACAACACUUUGUUUUUUUUAGCCCCUGCAGUGGCAUUCCGUGUAUAAGACGACCCCCAAUUUUAGACUAAAAGAAUUUAGAAAAAAAUAUAGUCUUAUACAUGGAAACAUACCAGUAAAUCACCACACAGAUGCACACACCAGGAAACAUUCUAAAACACUCAGAAAUGCACAGACAUGGAUACACACAUACAGACUCACUGUCAUACAUCAAUCACAGGUGUACACAUUAACACACUCCGUUGUACAUUUAGGCACAUACUCACAUUCACAGAUAGAGCCUCUGUUCUUGUCACUCCCGUUACUUUUAUCUCUCCACCGGCCCCCGUUUAGCAUAACUAGUAUAUCGUCCUCUGUCUGGAUGUUCCUUUACAGAGCUUCACAAACAUACACUGCAUUUGCAGGCAGCUGGCUGGCAUGACUGCUCUUGAGGCUACCCUUGCCUUCAUGGAUAGGAUGCUUUGCACCCCUCAUACUAUGGGUUGCACGUGCAGCCCUUUGUUGCAUCAGCGUAGCCUCAAAGCCUGCAUCCUAUACACCCUGUUCCAAAUUAUUAUGCAAAUUAUAUUUUUCUCAUUUACCUAAAUAAUUUAUGUAAAUAACAGUCAGCGUAAUUCUCAUGUUAUCAACUAUUGAGUACAAUUCAAAUUUUAUUGAACAAACCUAAUGCUAACAGUAUUUUUUUAAACUUAAAUAAACUUACAAUGACUUAUAAAACACUUUAUAGGUUGUAAAGAAGUGACAAUUGUCAUUUGUUGUGUUUGCAGCAUAUUUACUGAAAUCAAAAGCUAUCAAUCAAACUUAUAACAACAUUUUGACUUUUAAAACAUUUUAAUAUAGGACCCCUUAUUUGAUAGCAGCUUCACAAGUCUUGCAUCCAUUGAACUUGUGAGUUUUUGGACAGUUUCUGCUUGAAUUUGUUUGCAAGAUGUCACAAUAGCCUCCCAGAACUACUGUUUGGAUGUAAACUGCCUCCCACCCUCAUAUAUCUUUGCUUGAGGAUGCUCCAAAGGUUCUCAAUAGGAUUUCGGUCAGGGGAGGAUGGAGGCCACACCGUGACUUUCUCUCCUUUUAUCCCCAUAGCAGCCAUUGAUGCAGAGGUAUUCUUUGCAGCAUGAGAUGGUGCAUUGUCAUGCAUGAAGAUGAUUUUAUUACGGAAAGCAUAGUUCUUCCUUCUGUACCAGGGAAGAAAGUGGUCAGUCAGAAACUCCACAUACUUUGCAGAGGUCAUCUUUACACCUUCUGGGACCCUAAAGGGGCCGACCAGCUCUCUUCCCAUGAUUCCGGCCCAAAACAUGACUUCACCACCGCCUUGCUGACGUCGCAGCCUUGUUGGAACAGGGUGGCCGUCCAUCAACCAUCCACUACUCCAUCCAUCUGGACCAUCCAGGGUUGCACGGCACUCAUCAGUGAACAGGACUGUUUGAAAAUUAGUCUUCAUGUAUUUUUCUGCCCAAUGCAGCCGUUUCUGCUUGUGAGCAUUGGUUAGUGGUGGCCGAAUAGAAGGUUUUUGCAUGGUUGCAAGACUCUGGAGGACUCUACACCUUGAUGUCCGUGGGACUCCAGAGGCACCAACAGCUUCAGUUAUCUGUUUUUAGCAGCUGCUCUGUGAUCCGAUGCAUGGAUCUGGCAGAAAUCUUCCUCAAUAUGCCUUUAUCUGCAUGAACCAGUCUUUGCUCUGAAUCAGCCACAAAUCUCUUAAUAGUGCGAUGAUCACGCUUAAGUUUUCGUGAAAUAUCUAAUGUUUUCAUACCUCGUGCAAGGCAUUGAACUAUUUCACUCUUUUCGGCAGGAGAGCGAUCCUUUUUCUUCCCCAUAUUGCAUGAAAAUGGUGCUCUGCUUAAUAAUGUGGAACACCCUCCUUUAGUAGUUUUUCCUUUAAUUGGGCUCACCUGGCAAUCUAAUUAUCACAGGUGUCCGAGAUUGUUUUCAGUGAUCAAAAGAGCCCUGAGACACAGUGCCAAACAAAAGUUAAACUGAAAAACUAAAUAUUUAAUCUUUGUGACACUUAAAUAGAAUUUGCAUAAUUUGGAACAGGGUGUAUAAGCAUAAAACUAUCCAUAUAGUACAAAACAAUAUAAACACUACUAUAGAUAGAAACCGUAGUGAAAUAUAUACAAAUACUUAACUUAAAUAUUAUAGUGCAGCCUCCCAAGAUCGUUACCCAAAAAAGACGACCUUUUCAUAUAUAGAUAACCACAAACAACACAAAACUUUGGGAUACGGCUGAAAGUGAAUCUGAAAAGAACAUAAAAAUAUACAAAAUAGUGAAGUACAAUUAACACACUUUUAUGCGCUGUAUAUAGAUGCACUCACAAGAUUGUGUAGGAUAUAUCGCUCAUAGGGUGCCUCCCCCGAUUGAGAUGGGGGGCUAGUAAUCCCCUGGCUCCUUUUGAAAGUCUUUAAUAAUGCUCAGGACUCCAGACGGGCAAUGGUAGGAAAAAAGGAUUUUAUUGAUAAAAGGUGAAUAGUCACCAUCAAUAUAAAAUAUAAUUAAAAGGAAAAAUGGUAUGGUCCCACGCGUUUCGUUCUGUAAAGAACUUCAUCAGGGACCGUAUAUAAAAUAAAAUCAAUAUACAAUCAUAACAUAUAAAAAAAAAUCUCCUAUUCCCCCACAUUCCCAAGUCCUCUUUAAAUAGGGCUAAUCCCUAUGUCCAUUGGUGGUUCCGUGGGUGGUGUCCAGUAUCCGUCACUUGAUUGGUUCCGUGGGGGAGCUGUUCAGUUGUUUCCCAUCCUUCUCGCAUUGCUGUAAUCAAAAUUGGCGCAUUCGGAUAACUGGAACCAGAAGUAUGGGUUGUACCGCACUUUCGCGUUCCACCUGCGGCUCAUAUGCGUUCCACCUUCGUUCCACUUCAACAUUAUUAUAUGAUCACAAAUUCAAUAAAGAGCAAUAUAUUCAAUCUACUAGAGAAAAAUGGUAUUAGUAACUUCAUCAUUUGCAUAUUUUUUAUAUAAUUAAGCUUAUAACAUCACCAUUGUUUAAUUGCUAUAGUCAAACAGUGAAAAAAAAAGGUAUUUAUAGAAUGAGAAAUGUACAAACAUACAUAUUUUUUUUGUUACAUAUAAUCCAAUCACCAAAAUAGUUUUUCUUUCCUUCUUCUCUUUCUUUUUGGAAUAUUUAAAGUGUAAUAUACACAAUUAAACUAUGUGGUAUAUAUUAAUACUCAUUAAUUAUUAAUAUGUAAUUAGUGCCAAAGUGCUAAUAUAGAAAUAAUAAUAAAUAAAUAAAUCUUAUAAUGUUCCUAUAAAAAUCUCCAAUAUUAAGUGGAGUUACAUAUAUAUCUAAUAUUUCAAAUAAUUGUAAUAUGGACGUAUUUUAACCCAUUAUUUUCUUAUUUUUUGUUAUUAGAAUUCAAAUGACAAUAACCCCCAAAAAAUACAUAAAACAUAAGUGUUUGAAAUAAGUAAUUAUAUGGAUCUUAGUCCAAAAAACAAACCAAGUCAAUGCCUAUAUUAAGACCCUUUGGUUCUAAGGUACUUAACCUAUGUAUCCAGAAGGUUUCCCUCUGGGAUAAUUUCUUAACCCUAUCACUCCCUCGCCAGAAUGGAAAAACUCUUUCAAUACCCAUAAACUUAAAUUCCCUAAGGGAGAAAGAAGGACAAUUAGAACAGUGAGCCGAAACAGAAUGGGUUAUGAUUUUUUUCCUAAUAUUUUUCACUUUGAAAAUUUCCCCUGUGGUGUUACUACAAAAAUCCUUAGUUCUUAACAACGAUGUAGUAGUACAGGCUUUACAAGUUCCACAGCCUCUAAAAGAACCAAAGGCUGGAGAAAUGUUGGUGUUAGGGUGUUUGAUGGCAUAGCUAGGAGCCAGUAGAUUCUUAAGAUUCUUAUUCUUUUUAUAGAUCACCAUAGGGCGGUCUGAUAAAGACCUUCCUAGAACUGGGUCCUGAAGCAAGAUGGGCCAGAAUUCCUGUAGGCUCUUUUUAAUUUUAUGAUGAUCAGUAUUAUAUUGGGUUAUAAAGGAUGAUUUAAAGUUUAUAUUAUUUUCAUUUACACUACCUUUAUCCUCCAAUAAUGAGUUGCAGUGAAAUCUGAGAUUAGCUGCCACACGGACUAUGUAGUUUAUUUACUGCAAUGUCCGUGUGGCAAACAGUAUGUGGGACGCACAAAAAGGAUUUUAAAGGUCAGAAUACUUGAACAUUUAAACAAUAUUAGGAAAAAAAUCAUAACCCAUUCUGUUUCGGCUCACUGUUCUAAUUGUCCUUCUUUCUCCCUUAGGGAAUUUAAGUUUAUGGGUAUUGAAAGAGUUUUUCCAUUCUGGCGAGGGGGUGAUAGGGUUAAGAAAUUAUCCCAGAGGGAAACCUUCUGGAUACAUAGGUUAAGUACCUUAGAACCAAAGGUUCUUCAUAUAGGCAUUGACUUGGUUUGUUUUUUGGACUAAGAUCCAUAUAAUUACUUAUUUCAAACACUUUUAUGUUUUAUGUAUUUUUUUGGGGUUAUUGUCAUUUGACAAAAAAUAAGAAAAUAAUGGGUUAAAAUACGUCCAUAUUACAAUUAUUUGAAAUAUUAGAUAUAUGUGUAACUCCACUUAAUAUUGGAGAUUUUUAUAGGAACAUUAUAAGAUUGAUUUAUUUAUUAUUAUUUCUAUAUUAGCACUUUGGCACUAAUUACAUAAUAAUUAAUGAGUAUUAAUAUAUACCACAUAGUUUAAUUGUGUAUAUUACACUUUAAAUAUUACAAAAAGAAAGAGAAGAAGGAAAGAAAAACAAUUUUGGUGAUUGGAUUAUAUGUAACCAAAAAAAUAUGUAUGUUUGUACAUUUCUCAUUCUAUAAAUACCUUUUUUUUUUCACUGUUUGAUUAUAGCAAUUAAAUAAUGGUGAUUUGUUAUAAGCUUAAUUAUAUAAAAAAUAUGCAAAUGAUGAAGUUACUAAUACCAUUUUUCUCUAGUAGAUUGAAUAUAUUGCUCUUUAUUGAAUUUUGUGAUCAUAUAAUAAUGUUGAAGUGGAACGCAUAUGAGCCGCAUGUGGAACGCGGAAGUGCGGUACAACCCAUACUUCCGGUUCCGGUUAUCCGAAUGCGCCAAUUUUAAUUACAGCAAUGCGAGAAGGAUGGGAAACAGCUGAACAGCUCCCCCACGGAACCAAUCAAGUGACGGAUACUGGACACCACUCACGGAACCACCAAUGGACAUAGGGAUUAGCCCUAAUUAAAGAGGACUUGGGAAUGGGGGGAAUAGGAGAUUUUUUUUUAUAUGUUAUGAUUGUAUAUUGAUUUUAUUUUAUAUAUGGUCCCUGAUGAAGUUCUUUACAGAACGAAACGCGUAGGACCAUACCGUUUUUCCUUUUAAUUAUAUUUUAUAUUGAUGGUGACUAUUCACCUUUUAUCAACAAAAUCCUUUUUUCCUACCAUUGCCUGUCUGGAGUCCUGAGCAUUAUUAAGGACUUUCAAAAGGAGCCAAGGGAUUACUAGCCCCCAUCUCAAUCGGGGGAGGCACCCUAUGAGCGAUAUAUUCCAAACAAUCUUGUGAGUGCAUCUAUAUACAGCGCAUAAAAGUGUGUUAAUUGUACUUCACUAUUUUGUAUAUUUUUAUGUUCUUUUAAGAUUCACUUUCAGCCGUAUCCCUAAGUUUUGUGUUGUUUGUGGUUAAAACUAUCCAUAACCUUAACCCAAAGGUUAGGAUAGACACAGUUCGGCAUAGGCUAUGAUCCUGGGAUUACUUUACAUAACUUACAUUUUGAUAUGGGUGAUACUUUUACUCCUUAAGGAUGGAGGUAAUUGUCCACGAUUUGAACAAAAAAAAAAAAAUCUUGUAUUUGCACCGUAAUUUAAAGGACCACUAUAGUGCCAGGAAAUCAAACUCGUUUUCCUGGCACUAUAGUGCCUUGAGGGUGCCCCCACCCUCAAUGAGACAGCCACUAGAGGCUGGAUUAACCCAUAUGUAAACAUAGCAGUUUCUCUGAAACUGCUAUGUUUACGGCAGGCAAGGUUAAUCCUAGAUGGACCUGGCACCCAGACCACUUCAUUGAGCUGAAGUGGUCUGGGUUCCUAGUGUUCAUUUAAGGGUUUCUCUAUAAAGGGACACUCUGUAGGCACCAUGCAGUACAAGGUUAAAUAUGGCCUUGGAGUUUCUGCAUAAUCCUGCCAUAACGUCAAUGUACCCCAUCUUUGGCAGGUCCGACUCUAAAAACCUAAUGUCCGUUCUUAUGAGAUUAACCCACUUUGAUUUACUAUCCUAUACUUUUAUACCUAAUAUUACUUGUGAAUAACGUGGGGGGGGGACACAUUUAUGCUUAUAAUUUUUACACAUCCAGUGCAACAAAUUAAAAGAGAGCUGAAAAUAGAUUAAUAUAUCAGUAUUGAUUUUGAAAUGCCUAAUAUGUCUAGGCUCUAAAUUAAUUUUUGGUAGAUAAUGGUAACCUUAUGUCGCCACUCCCCAACUCUAAACCAGCCAUACCACUUACCUAAUGGUUACUCUAAUUCUAACAGUGUGCCUACCUUGCAAAUUUUUUUUAUUUAUAAUUCUUUAUUUUUGUAGUGCAGAAAAGAUACACAAGCUUAGAAUGUCCCAACAGCAUAGGCAAGUAAAAUGUCUUUCAGAGAAAACCAGUUAUAAGGCAUUUGAGAUCAGUGCACAAUUUUAUAUAAAACUAACAUGUUCAUGCUGUAUUUUUAUAUUUAGACAUAUUUGAAAGACGAGUUAGCUAGGUUUAAGGUAGCUAGACACGAGGGAUAACAAGAUAAGGUGAGAAACACUGUAGUAAGACACGCCUGAGUUCUAAAAAGUAGUUGAAAGAUUAUGGUAAAUUAUAGAUUGACUGACCUUGUCAGCCUUCCAGGAGGGGACCCUUCUUUAACAUCUAUUAACAAUCUAAAUUGAGGGUCAGUGGAAUAGCGUGAAGCCCAGUAGGACCAUAGGUGAUUAAUAUAAAAUUAUAUUUGAUAUCAAAAUGGAGAACAAAGCUAACUUUUUUGUCUCUCUAUGGCUAAAAACAUGAGGAGGAAAACAAAUUUGAGAGCUAUGAGUCCUAGCCCCACUCAGCCUACGCCCUUCAGUGGCAAAGCGUUGGAUCCACGGCACCAGCGGUUUUCCUGUGCGUACCGCUGUCUCCCGCUGGGUACUCUAUGCAAUUUGCAGCGUAUGGCAGAGAGCAGCCAGACAGGAGGGACUCAGAAAAAGACAUUUGGAGAGUCAGCUGAAGGAACUGUAUUGAGCCUCGCUGUGGCCGGGUAGACCCUUUCGUGGACUUCACCUCUCGUAUCAGACCAGGAGAAGGCUUGGGUUGAGGCUGGUCUGAGGGUAGGUUGUGCUUCGCGGUCCUGAUUAUGUGGCGGUCCUGAUUAUGUGGCGGUCCUUGCGUCUUCGCCUUCGACCCCAGUUCGAUCUUCCAGUCUGGGAGCGUGGCUGGAUACUGUGGGGUAGUCGUUAACACAGCCACUGUGGAGCAUGAUUGUGUCAUUGCUCACAGAGCCUGCUUUCUAGCCGUCUCCAGAAAUCAGCGAAGUGUCUGUCUAUUUUGGCUUCGACAUCAAUUUGCUCAACACCGGGAGUGGGGAGACAUGUGGUCGCCGCCAUAUUAAGUGGACCGCAGGAGAGUUUUCUAGCUUUGAAGGCUUUACCAUUCGGUCUUGGCAAGUACGAGUGGCCCCCGAGGAGUGGACCAGGGUCACCCCCACCGUUCCAGGGGGGUGGGUUAACAGGGCACACGUUCACAGGUAUCAGUGUCCUUCAUACCGGGAAGUCUGCAGCCUUUCCUCUCCGGCAUGCGCUAGGCCGCAUUUGCCACAGUGGGGUUAGUGGAUUUUUGAUCAGCUGCUGACUGCUGCACGGGAUAUCAGGUGAGUCAAGGAGUAUAGACCUCAUUAGAUUUAUCUAGGUUCAAGCUCAGGGAAGGCGGAAUAUGCCUGUUACAGCAGUAUUGUGAAGGAGCUAGUUCGAGAUGCAUCCAUCAACCAUGACAGUCAGACCCCACCCCCUAUUUUUUUUUUCAAUAUCUCAAUUUUAUUAUAUUUUUGCAUAGGUGAAAAACAAUGAACACAUUUAGUACAGUGUACAGAGCAUGUGUUAUAAGCAUCUCAUUAAUGGUACACAAUACAAGGUCCCCUUUGAGUACUGUGUUGUCAUACAUUAAGAAACACUGAACAUAUAAACGUCAAGUGCGACAACUUCACAGGUAGUCUAGAUUCAUUGUACCCUGUAGUGUGUAAUAAUGGACAUAACAUAAAACAAUUGUGACAAACUGAACCUCGUCAUGGGUGCUUGGAGGGGCCUGUUGGCCAGCCUCUUACCUCAGGACUAUAGCUCAGGUGUUAGACUUUGGUUCAGGAUUGUGAAAAGGCUUUGUUCGUGCCUUUUCCCUUUUCUGGUUCGACAUAUAGGACUUACCGAAUGGAUCAGGCAUAUUCUGUUCCUAUACCGAACCAACUCCUGAACUGUUCGACCACCCGUGGUAGACGUGCUGCUUAUUGACCUUGUUUACUGCAACAUUCUAAACGGUUGGCUGGGUGGCUGCCGUUCGGAUGUACAAACACUAGGUGGCGGCCAUCUUGUUCCCGCGAACACGUAUAGCGGUUUUUGGUCGUAGAGUGUAUUUAACCCAAGUAUCUCCAAGUAUGUUCAGUGGCGUUCGUAAUCGUAUGAGAAGAGCGUUCUGUUCGGUAUUAGAUAACAAAAGUGCUAGUGCUCAAAAUUUUCAAAGAAAAACACCUCAAGUGUUCUUAUGCAUCAUAAAGUGCUUUUUAAGUAUAUAAAAAGUGGAGAUAUUAACCCAUAAUAAAAACACAUGUAAAUGCACAUGUGUGUUUUUCUAUGUGUUUUUAUUGUGGGUUAAUAAAAAGUAGAGAUGAUAUUAACCCACAAUAAAAACACACAGAAACCACACGUGCAUAUACAAGUAUAUGCACGUGUGUUUUUCUAGGUGGUUUUUUUUUGUGGGUUAAUAUUUCCACUUUUUAUAUACUUUAAAAAGCACUUUAUGAUGCAUAAGAAACACUUGAGCACUAGCACUUUUGUUAUCUAUUAUCUGUAUCUUAUUCCAAGGUUUAUAGCGGGUGCUGCAUAUCAAAUUUUAUCUUAUUUCUUAUAUAUUGUAUUUUUGCGCCAUCUUAUCUAUAUAUUGUGUAUCGUUCUGUUCAGUAUAAUGUUGUAUUUUGUACUCUCGAAAGAGACCGGCCGCACAGUCUGAUUUCAUGGAACUCUUUUGGGCAGGAGCAUCGAGUGCAGUCGGUCAAAUUAUGACUUCCAUGGAAAUCCCAAACCCCUGAAUCAAUAUCAGUGAUUUUUGCAAAUGUUGGUCCCUCCAGGUCAGGACUAUCAGGGGAAGUGACUGUUUUGAGGUUUUCAUGUGUUUGGGAGGUUGUAAAAUGUGUGUUUUCUGUGAGUGGAGAUAAGUGAGUUUAGUACAGUUCCUGACUCCAUUAUAUCCCAUGUACAGAGGAGGGAUUAGCUUGUUUUAUGUGGGUGUGUCCUGGACCUGAGAGCCAAUGUAAACGUGUAUGUUUUUGCUUUAGUCUACUCCCAGGUCCAAUGGGGAAUGCCCAUGGAAUAUGUAACCAGAAACCCCUUGCAUGGGGACCUGCAUAUAAGGCCAAUUGUGGCUGCCAUUAAAUGCUUUGCUCUCUGGACUAGGACAGGUCUAUGCACUGGAAGCUGGAUUCUGAUCUUGGGUCCAGGGCGGGUUGAAGAAAGUGAGACCCCAACCAACCUGCAGCAGUUUGUGGUGUUGACGGUGGUUAUGAUGUCUGGUGUGGACCUUAUGGUACUCAAGGAUUACUAGGAAGCAGUGAUUGACAGAGUUACGCAGUCGGGUGCCAGGCGGUCCGUCACAACAAUGAGAUACAAAAAAGAGACAACAAUGCAUACCAAAAUGAAUGAAUUUAACGCCUUAUGUGGAUAUAAGUAGGGGAGAUAGGGGGAUUUUGCAUGCUAUAGUGGUGUGGCUGCUCAUUGGUUUUUGCAUCAAUGGUAUACUCCUCCCGUAUUCCUGUAUGAGAUCAAGUGCGUAAGUUACUUGGUUACGUGUAUCGGUCUAUCCCUGGUGCCUCCAAUUGUAGAUGUGUACAAUGCUUAAAGGGUGUGGAAUGAAAACAUAAUGCUAGAUCUUCGUUUCUGUUAAGGUUAAUACUGUGUGGAAUAAGUAUGUAGCGUUUGAGUUUGCAUUUAACUAACAGUCCCAUAGCUUGUAAUCAGCUUUUUCUUUCCCACUUAUUCUAAAGGCCAUCUUUUCUAGACCAAUAUUUUUUUUUCUCUCAGUAACAGUUAUUUUACUCUCGUUUUCUCCCUCGCCACUGCUGGUUCCUCCUCCAUGGCUGAGAUGAUCAAUCUUGAUGAUCUCAGCCAAUCCAUAGGGACAUGCGUGACAAACUCCACGUUGAAUCAGUGCAUCUCUAUAGGGAAUGUUCUGUAACUCCAUGCACACUGCCAUUGCCGCAUAUAGUGGUUGUCAGUGUGAUGGCCACUAGAGGUGUUACUAUCCAGCAAUGUAAAAUACUGGCUUUUCUCUGAAAAUGUACUGUUUUCAUUCCGAACACUGCAGGGGACAUGUUAUAGACACCAAAACUACUACAUUAAGCUGUAGUGAUUCUGGUGACUAUAGUGUACCUUUUAAAACAAAUUUAGUUAUUAUUUGCAUAUCUGUCAAUCCAAAAGCAUAAUUGCAAAGGUUAUGGUAUAAAUGGUAUGAAAAAAUGUUUUUUCCAUUUUUUUUUAUUUUUAUUUUUUAUAAACAUGCUUGUGUUAAAACUUUAUUUAAAAAAUAUACCUUGUCCUGUUCUAUUUUGCCACCAUGACUGCCGUUAAUUGGUUGGGAAAUCCUCAUCCACAACCGCUUUGCCUCAGUGGGGCGAUUCAAUCUGCAUGCGCAACAAAUAUCUUAUGGGAAAUCAUUGCCUACUUGAGACUACUGUUGUUUCCUGAAUAAAUGAUAAAUAGCAUUUUCUUUUGUAUAGUCUUUAUGGAAGUGUGGUGACUGUAUUUUAUCGACACACAUGAGUUGGCAGCAUCUUAGAAAUUUGUCAAAUUGCUAGUCAGACGGGAUUAAAACAAAGAUUUCCCCGCCUAUCUCUUAUUGAUUGAUUAAAGCACAACUGCGUGGACUGUAGGUCAGGGCUUGGUAGAUUUGCAUUGAAUCUAGAAGACGACUAAAAAAGUUAGGAGCCAGGGUUUUUUAAGCUAGCAAAGCUUUAUUGUCAACGACAGCAUACUUCCGCUUCAACACUGUGUAUGGCAAACCACAUUUCUGCCUCAGCACAAAGAAGUAGACAGGAGGAUUUAUGUAAAACAUUAAUGAAAGUGGGGGGGAAGAGUGCAAAGGCAAAUAGGGGGUUUUAUAUUUAGGGUUAGGAAUUGAUAUAAAUCUAAUCUUGCAGAGCCACUCCACCCCAAUAAUAGCCUUGUCUCAAUGAAGUCGUGAUAAGGGUUGGAGUUCCUGUGAACCAUCAUACUUUCUUUGAAGAUAAGUGGUCAGGGACACUGAACCCAGACCCUUUAACGGAACACUAUAGUAUUUGAAAUACAAGCCUAUAUUCUUAAUGUUAUAGUGCCCUAUUUGUGUUUUUGUGUCCCCUUCUCUCUUAGCAUUUCAUUAAAACCCUUAAAAAGGUUUUUACUUAGCUGCACUCCAGCUGCUCAGCCUUUUUUAUCCUGUCAAGACAGGUUCGCAUUAAAGAUCUCAUAAAUUAUAGCAGGUCUUUAUAAAUUUGCUUUGAGUCUAGGAGCCGGUUAAAAAAGUUAGGAGCCAGGUUUUAUUUUAACCCCUUCAGGACGGAGUCAAUAGUACGCGUUCUGAUCAAAACAAAACGUAAACAAAAACUGGAAUUUGCGCUAUAUGUCUGUUCACCUGUAAUUCACCGCUGUCACAUCAAGUGCACCCACACUUAUUUUAUAUCAUUUUGUUCAGGAGAAACAGGGCUUUAAUUUAUCAUUAACUAUUCAUAUAUGGAACAUCAUUUAUUAUGAAUAAAAUUAAAAAAAUGUUUAGAAAAUAAGAUUUUUUUUUUUUUUUUUUUAAAUUUGUAUUUCCGUCUGACAUUUUAGCUGUGAAUGCUGUGAAAAAAUGCCCAUAUUUGUAAUCAACGAUGUCUCACAAGUACAACAGUACCCCCCAUUAACAGGUUUUAUGGUGUUUUGGAAAGUUACAGGGUCAAAUAUUGAACGUUCCAUUCUCAAAUUGAAAUCUGGCAAAUUUCAAUGUCAAAAAAAUAAAAUGCAAGCCUUAUAUGUGACUCUAUAACUUUCCAAAAAACAAUAAAACCUGUACACGGGGGGUAUUGUUAUUCUCGGGAGACUUCACUUAACACAAAUAUUAGUGUUUUAAAACAGUAAAUAUAUUACAACAAUAAUAAAGUCCAUAAAAGUGCCGUUUGUUUGUCAAAAAUGCAAAAAAGUCACUUUUACUUAAAAUAUCAUCGUUUUAAUACAAUUUACCAGUUUGAAACACUAAUAUUUGAGUUCAGCGAAGUCUCCCGAGUAAAACAGUACCCCCUAUGUACAGGUUUUAUGGUGUCUUGGAGAGUUACAGGGUCAAAUAUAGUGCUUGCGAAUUAACCCUUUAAAUCCGGAGGGCGUACUAUUACGCCCUGCAGUAGCCGGCUCUAAACGCCGGUGGGCGUAAUAGUACGCCCUCGCUAUAAUGGCCGCCCACGUGGCCGGCGCUAAUCUCAGAGCGCUCUGAUCGCAGUGACAGCCUGUCACUGCGAUCAGUGUUACAUGUGUCAGCCUAUUGGCUGACACAUGUAACUGGCACAAAGAUCCCCCUGCAGAUUGGAAGGGGGGGAGUGCUUGUACCACCCAGGCACUCCCCCCUGUGGUCAAUUACCCAAUCUGCAGGAGGUGAUCACAGGCAGUCACUGUGAUCACUGAUCCUGUGUGUAAGCCAGUGAUGUGAAAUCACUGGCUGACACUGUCUCUUCCCCCUGUCCUGUAAUAAAAAUAAAAUUAGUUAAAAAAAAAAAAAUUACAGUUACAAAUAAAAUAUACUUAGAUCAUAUAUAUUAUAUAUAUAUAUAUAUAUAUAUAUAUGAUCUAAGUGUGUGUGUAUAUAUAUAUAUAUAUAUACACACACACUUACACAUAGUGUAUUUAAAUAUUAAUAUAUAUAAUUAUAUAUAUAUAUAUAUUACUAUCGAAUUACACGUAGACUGAUAAUGAUUAAAUAUAUAUAUAUAAUUAUUGUUAUAUAUAUAUAUAUUUAUAUAUAAUAUAAAAAACUGUAAAUACGUAAAAAAAAUUAAAAAAAAUAAUAAAAAAAUAAAUAAUUAAAAAAUAUAUAGAUGUUUGUUAUUUCGUUCUAACUGUAUUGUGAUAUUAAUAUAUAUAUUUAUAUCAAAAUACACGUAGAACGAAAUAAUAUAUAUCUAUAUACAUAAAUAUAUACGUAUAUAUCACUAUAUAUAUACACCUAUGUAUAAAUAAAAAUAUUUUAAAAAAUUAUAUAUAUAUAUACACAUAUGUAUGUGUGUAUAUAUAUAUAUAUAUAUAUAUAUAUAUAUAUAUAUAUAUAUAUAUAUAUAUAUAUAUAUAUAUAUAUAUAUAUAUAUAUAUUAAUUCUACAUAUAUAUUUAUGUAAUAUUUUUACAUAAUUAGGCAUCUUAAUUAAUUACAAUUAGCAGGACCUGCCUGACAACCCAUGCCGAAAGUAAAGGGAAUUUAAUUUGCUAGCACUAUAUUUAACCCUAUAACUUUCCAAGACACCAUAAAACCUGUACAUGGGGGGUACUGUUCUACUCGGGAGACUUCGCUGAACACAAAUAUUAGUGUUUCAAAACAGUAAAAUGUAUUACAACGAUGAUAUCGCCAGUAAAAGUGAAGUUUUUUGCAUUUUUCACGCACAAACAGCACUUACACAUAUGAUAUUGCUGCAAUACUUUUUACUGUUUUGAAACACAAAUAUUUGUUUUCAGUGAAGUCUCCCGAGUACAACAGUAACCCUCAUGUACAGGUUUUAUGGUGUUUUCAAAAGUUACAGCGUCAAAUAUAAGGCUUGUGUUUCAUUUUUUUCACAUUAAAAUUCGCCAGAUUGCUUACGUUGCCUUUGUGACCCUAUGGUAGCCCAAGAAUGAAAAUUACCCCUAUGAUGGCAUACCAUUUGCAAUAGUAGACAACCCAAGGUAUUGCAAACAGGGUAUGUCCAGUCUGUUUUAGUAGCCACUUAGUCACAAACACUGGCCAUUUCUUCUGGCCAUUUACCUACGUUUAAGUUUAUUGGUAUUGACCAUGUUCCCCCGCUGGACCGAGGAGGCGAUAGAUCCAAAACCCUCCUACAGAGAGAGGCUUAUUGGAUCCAUUAUUUGGACACAGUAACCCCUAGAGGUUUAAAUGAGAAUAUUGUGUACUCUAUGUUUUUGUGACCAGAGUUUUUUUACUUAGCAGCAAUUUUGGUUAUACUACCGUAACCUUAUGGCUAUAUAGUGAUAUUAUAUAUACAUAAAAAUUUGUCUUGUUCGUUGAGCAAAUCUCUAAAGAUUAGCUAUUUGGUAUUCGAUAUUUUUUCUUUUUUAUGAUCAUAUGUGUUUUAUUUCAGUAGCCAUUAGCUAGAUUACAUAAUAUGAACGGGAUUUGCUCAUGUUGAUUUUUCUAGCGAUUUAUUAUAGAUAUUCUCUUAUGUAUUCAGAUGUGUCAGUUCCCUGGUGUAGUUGGGUUUAUAGUUUAUAACUUCUGACAGGAUGUCUUUAUGUCUUUAUAGUAGCCUACCCCUUUUUCUUCUAGGUCAGUAAUUUAUAUUUGGCUUGUUUGUUUUUUGUUUUGCAAUAUAAUAUGCCUAUAUAGAGCUCUGAGCUCCUUCUAUCUAUUAUUAUGAGAGUAUUAAAUAUAUUUUUUCUGUAUUUAUGUCACUAUUACAUCAAAUAUUUCUCCCUAUCUUUUAGGGAUUAGAUUAUCAUCUCUUUUUUCAUUUGUAUAUUAUGAUAUAUAUAUGCCUGAACUCUUGCUUUUUUUUAAUUAAUUUUUUGAUGCGAUUAUAUGGAUAUGAUGUAAUAUAUUGCACAUUGUUUGUAGACUUAUUUCUUCACUUAUGUCACAUUUUUUACUUUGCACGUUAUGACACAGUUGUUCUCACUUUAGCUUCAUCUAUCUGUGGUAAUAUGUAUCACUCUAUUAUGUUGAUAGUUUACACAAUCAACUUUCCUUCACUGCUAUUUGCUUCUUUUGUGCUUGGCAUGGUAACGGUGUGUACACUAUCACCAUGGUUACUGUUUGCUUCCGUCAGACGUCCGAUCACGUGACGGUCCGGGCGGCUUCCAAUCACUUCCGGGUUCUAACGGGCAGACUCCCUUCACCUAACUGCUCUAUUGCACAUACAUAUAUUUUUAUAUUUAAUAUAUAUACACUGUAUUGUUAUGCACACAAUGAUCUUGAAAAAGACCCGGCAGGGUCGAAACGUCGAUUGAUUUUCGUUGUAUAUCACGUAUGGAUUAAUAAAACACCAGUUUUUUCCUUAUUUUUGAAGACCUGUGAGUGCAUCUUGAAUUCUUUAUUUUUAUAUUAUUGACGCUUAAGAUCUGCACCCAGGCAAGUAAUAUAUGGAUUAUCUGCUUUGAGGAGAGUGCCAAGCCAUCAUCUUUUUAUAUAUAUAUAUAUAUAUAUAUAUACAGGGAGUGCAGAAUUAUUAGGCAAGUUGUAUUUUUGAGGAUUAAUUUUAUUAUUGAACAACAACCAUGUUCUCAAUGAACCCAAAAAACUCAUUAAUAUCAAAGCUGAAUAUUUUUGGAAGUAGUUUUUAGUUUGUUUUUAGUUUUAGCUAUGUUAGGGGGAUAUCUGUGUGUGCAGGUGACUAUUACUGUGCAUAAUUAUUAGGCAACUUAACAAAAAACAAAUAUAUACCCAUUUCAAUUAUUUAUUAUUACCAGUGAAACCAAUAUAACAUCUCAACAUUUACAAAUAUACAUUUCUGACAUUCAAAAACAAAACAAAAACAAAUCAGUGACCAAUAUAGCCACCUAUUUCAGACAGCCCCCCUGCUGGCAGAUCCAUAGCCAGCUAUAGGGGGCCAUGUGAUCGCUCUUUGAGAGCGAUCACAUGGCCCCCGGGUGUCUAAUUUGCCGGGGGAGGGCUGCCUGGGCAGUCUGGCAGCCCUCCAGAAGAGGAUCGCAGCGGAGGUAGGUAGCUGCGAUCCCCUGGGGCAGAAAGCCGUUACGGCGUUCUAUGCCGCCGCAACGGCUUUAAAGCUGCGACGGCAUAGAACGCCGUAACGGCGUUAAGGGGUUAAACUAACAAAGCUUUAUUUUCAACAACAAAAUAUAAUUCUUAAAUGUAGCACUUUUACUAGGAAACAGCUUUGGUUUUUCUUUUGCAAAAUUUUUACUUUAGUAAGUAUUGCUUACUAAAUAUUUCUUUGUACUUUGCUUUGAUAGUUCUAUACUUCUUUAGUCAACUAGGGGGUGACUUGUUUACCUCUGCUGCUUGACAAGGAGAACUAUGCCAUUUCAAGGCAUACCUGACCCAAAGCAUAACUUAUAAGCAUAACUGAAAGUGUUUGGAACCUGAUCCACCCGGACCAAACAGGAUUCAUCCCUGGGAGAGAAGCGAAAGACAAUACCAUCAGGGCGCUCAACAUCAUCCAUCUCUUUCAAACCACCCAGACGAGGCCUACUUCUCUCAACUGACGCCGAGAAGGCAUCUGACCGGACGGACUGGCAAUACCUACAAGCCACUUUACAGGCAAUGGGAUUCGGACCUCAGAUCCUCAAGUGGAUCUCGGCACUAUACGCGGCCCCGAAGACACAACGACGAAUAAAUCGAGCCCUAUCCCCGGCGUUCAAAAUACGGAAUGGGACGCGCCAGGGGUGCCCCCUGUCCCCCCUUCUGUUUGCCCUCUCUCUAGAACCAUUUCUGGAAGCGAUCAGACGGGACUGGGGCAUUGAGGGGAUAACCCACGGUGGAAAGGAGCAAAAGGUAGCUGCAUAUGCUGACAAUCUACUCUUCUUCAUAUGCAACCCAGCGGUCACACUGCCCAAUAUCCUAGCUGCCUUCACUAGAUACGGGACUACCUCCAACUUAAAACACAAUAUCUACAAAUCGGAGGCACUACCCCUGUCCCUCUCAAAGGAGACGGGGAUAGGCUGAAGGUGAACUUCCCCUUCAGAUGGUACUCACACCAAAUCAAAUACCUAGGAAUAUGGCUAACUAAAGAACCCUCACGGCUCUAUCAGGAAAAUUUCCUCCCCAUCUUUCAAACAUUACGAAAGGACCUCCUGAGGUGGGAUCGCAUGUGUGUCAUCGUUCGGGCGGAUCAGCGCCGUGAAGAUGAACCUGCUACCACGCCUACUAUAUCUGUUCCAAAACCUCCCGACCACGAUCCCACUGGCCUACUUCCGCACCUUAAGUUCAGCGAUAUCUAGGUUUAUCUGGUCAGCCGACCCCCCAUGAAUUAAACGCACACAACUAGCCCUCCCGAGGCACAAAGGAUGGACGGGGCUACCGCCCAUGCGAGCAUACUACCAAGCCACCCACCUCCUGCAGAUCAUAGAGUGGCACGUACCCACGACAGACAAGCAAUGGGUCCACAUAGAAUGAAUGCAAGCAGGCGAUCAAAUUCCUCUGGCAAUAUGGAAACAAAACCCAAUGAGGGACAGAGCUAUAUGGGUCCACCCUUACAUUUGGACGACUCUGGGGGGUCUGGACGAGGAUCAGGUACAAACUGAGGCUCACAACAAACCCGUCCCCCUUGUCCCCAGUCAUACACAACCCAGAGAUCGCAGGGGGCCUGACGCUGCAAGACAUCGAGGGCUUUGGCGGAAGGGAGACCCAAAACCUCCGUGCAUGGUGUGGCAACAACACACUGCGGGCUUUCGCGGGCAAUGGGUAUCCUCAGAUUCCGAUACCACCAGGUGCAGCGUUCCUGUACGGCCCUACAGGGGAAGCAACUCCUACACAGACACCUCACACAGUUCGAAAUGCUCUGUGAUAGCAAGGAACACCUACCCCGCGGAGUCUUGACUCUUUACGCCCUACUGAAAGCAGCGGAACAGGACCACCCCGGCUCACUUCCACUCCAAAUGGGAACAGGCCACUGGAACUAUCCUCAUGGACCAGCAAUGGAAAAAGAUCCACGUCCUCUCCUACCAAGGGAUACUCAGCUCCAAAAUACAAGAGCUCAACUAUAAGCUCCUGACUGGCUGGUACAGAACCCCAACUAGACGCUACGCCAUGGGGAUCGUUCCGACCAAUACGUGUUGGCGCUGCGAGGCUGAGGAGGAGACGGACCUCCACAUCUGGUGGUCGUGCCCGCCGAUAGCUGCCUUUUGGCAGCAGAUCCACAACAAAAUUGAAAUACUGGACUCCAAUAUGCCUUUCGAACCACUCCCCAUGCCCUUCAACCACACACGGACAUCUCUGGCUAGCUACAAGAAAUCUAUAACGAGACACCUACUCAAUGCCGCCAAAAGCUUAAUUCCCCACUAGGUGGAAAUCAAAAUCAAAAGACAUCCCAACAUUACCACAAUGGAUGGCGAGGGUAGAAGAGAUCUUUGCGAUGGAGUCCCUGACGGCUGAGCUACGCGGAACCCAGGAAUGCAAUACCCGGCUAUGGACGCCCUGGAUCGUAUACAUGGCCGGUCGGGGCGGAUACCGCCGGGACCCGGACAGGGGGCCGAGUAAGAACAGCAGGGUACUGGCCAACGACGAUGCAGGCUCACCUCUCUCCCCUGCCCACGUCAUCCCACCAGCUCACCCCCCCCCCCUCGCCGACUACCCACUGACUAACGGAACAGGUGGACACCCCGGACAUACAGCCACGCAAACGGACAGCUUCUAGACCACAGACAGUCACACCACAAAACCCAUUCCAGAUACCAAAAGAAUCGAAAAACACCUGACCCUGAUGUUAAGACGCACACAACCAAACCCACACCCACAAGUUAUGUGCAUACCCAUAUUCACCCUAGUCGAGACGGGAACGCAGGAGACAAGGGGAAGGGAGACAAUCAUGGCGGAAGGAAGAAGAUCCGCAAGGGACCACACGACAAGAAGAGAGACUCACGUGAAUUACAGGACGUGACCCCCCCACAGUCCACCGUAAACUGACAGAGACACCAGGAAUGCAAAACCUGUCAAACCCACACACACUCGCAAUACGCCCACUAGCCAUCUGAAUGCACAUGUCUGGGAUAAAACUUGGAGACUGAGAGGAAUAACUCGGCCCAGCCACGAACAGGGAAGAGGGCUUGGGCACCCCUUCACCCCAAACCGUUGUAAUAACCGUCUCGCCUCUGACAAACGCCCCAACAUCUUAUCACCACUUCCGCAAAGGGAAGGAUGAGGCAAAGAGACAAGUCAAACCUACCAGGCCCACAUUAGCCGGGCUAACCCUGUAGCGCAUGUUAGACCAGCGGGUACAGCUGAAGAGGGCCCCUAGACCAUCAGGGGCACACCUGCUAAAACUCUGGGAUACAAAGGUCAUAUUUCCUGCGGCUGCUUCACAAGCCACUGUGGGUGUUUAAAUUUGUACUGUACCCCCAACUGUUAAUACCCUUGUUCAGACGACAAAAUUAUAAAAUAAAGAAUGUCAAAAAAAAAAGAAAGUGUUUGGAAUUGCAUGACAAGAAUGAGGAAACCAGUGUCACACAAAAUAAGAGGUUAGCAUCUGGUGAAAACAACUAUACCAUAUAUAUUACGAAAAAGAACACAAAAUGCGGUAAAUCAACACCACAUAACCCUGACUGCCCACCCACGGCAGCAUUGCCACUCAACACCUCUCCCCUGGCAAAUCCUCUACUCCUUACCCCUUCCACUCUAUGAACAAAAAUAUUUGAGACUCCAUACUGCUUGCCUACAUUAUACCUUUAUCUAAAAUCAUGUCAAUUUGCCCAAGGAUGAACAAAACAAACUUAGAAAAGCAAAAUCAAACAAACCAAUGACUUCACAUUGUACGGCAGGUAAUGCUAUAUUUCAGAUAAAUGUGAACUUUUACUAUACACAUUUGGUGAACUAACAUUUUGUAUAUUGUACUUUUUCAGUUACUUAUCCCUAUGUUUAUCAAAUAUAUUUUUGAGGUUUCUAAAAAGUGAAGGGUAGAAAUAACAGGUCUUUAUUCUGCAGCUGGGCUCCUCCACCCUCCCUGUCACCAUUGUUAUAACCUCUGUUCUUUGUACCUGGCAGUCAGCAUAGAAAAAAAGCAUACAGAAAAGACAUGUAAUUAUUGUUUGCUUCGCCUACUCAAUUGCAAUAUUUGCUCUGGUUUUGGCCUUGUCUGAACUCUAUUAUAAUUAAAAUGUUCUAAAUCUUCAAACGGACACUGUAAGUACUAUAACUGCGUCAUCUCAUUGAAGUACUUAUAAUGUCUGGAGACCCCACGGCCCUGGAGUUCCAUUUAUCAUUAAACAGUUUUUAAUAUGUAAUGCUAAACUAGACCCUCAUUGUGUAUUAUAAUGCUCAAACAUUGUAGAACACUGAAUGGAGUAACAACUUUAGGGUACUCCAGGUGUUAUAAGCCAAAGCUUGGUAAAUCCCAGGCACCAGAAGAAAAUCCCUAGUCGCCGUGGAGGCCUAGGUAUUGUCAAACAAUGGUGCCAGGUCGCUAUUGUGACUAGGAAUUUUGUCCUGGCACCUAGGUGUUUGUCAGCUGGUUCAGAUGAGGCAGCAAACUGAGGGAGAGUGGAGGCGGCCGGCUGAGGGUACUGUGAUCUUCAUGCUCUUCUAGCUUUGCAUCUUUGCUUGCCCCACUAUGAUGCUGGGAGCUGGAAUAUGACAUGAUUCCAACCCCAGCAUCACUAAACGGCGAGAGGGAGAAGAGCAAGAAGAUUACAGGAUCACAGCAGCCACACUGGACCCCAGGGAAAUAAUCUACCCCAUCUCAAUGGUAGGGAGCGUGGUAGACCUAAAAUAAAACAAAUAAUCUGUGAGUGUGUGAGAGAAUGUGUGUGUCUGUCAGUGAAACGUCAGGCUAUCGGCAGCAAAACCACUACAUUAAGCUGUAUAGUAGUUCUGGUGACUAUAGUGUCCCUUUAAACCUGAGGAGAGCGCAUUAAAAAAAAAUUUAAUAAACCUCUGUAUUGAAAUUUCAUGUAAUCUAUGUUUUGUAGCUUGUGGUAUUGGAGCACAAAAGGUUGUUUUGUUUUUGUAUGUUUUGUCAUUUUUAAAGGGCACCUGUCAUACCCAAAACUAUUUCUGCUCGUUAAAUUGAGCAUACAAUUGUAUCUAUGCACUGUGCUAACAGUUUUGCCAGCAAAUAGAUUAGGCCAACAUCACUGGCAAGAUUUGCCCUGCUUUGGGAUGUGUCCCAAGCAGGGCAGCUAAAAGACUUAAGGUGGAUUGGAGGAUGGCCUAAGGUGGGUGUUACACGAAGAGUAACAACCACAAAGCGGCACUGGAACGAAGGAAUGGUAAUUAAAUCUUUAUAUUUUACAUUGAAUACACCAUGUAUCUUUUUGAUUUAUGCUGUAUUUAAUGUAUGAGAGCAAUUGCAGGUAAGUAAAAAAAAAUUCAAAGCAGUUUCACUUUAAAGGGACCCUAUAGUCAACAACAACUUUAGCUUAAUGCAGCAGUUUUGGUGUAUAGAUCAUUUCCCUGCAGUCUCACUACUCAAUUCUCUGUCAUUCAGUAGGUAAAUCACUUUGUUCAUGCAGCCCUAGUCACACCUCAAUGCAUGUGGCUUAUACAGCCUACCUAAACACUUCCUGUAAGAGUCAUCUAAUGUUUACACUUCCUUUAUUGCACAGUCUGUUCAAUGUUGAAUUUCUUAUCUCCUGCUCUGUUAAAAGCUUACUAGACCCUGCAGCAGUCUGUGUGUAAUUAAAAGCAGGAGAUAAAAACUUAUGAAGUAAGUUAACACCUGAUUGAACUUAAAAAAAAAUUAUGCAGGAUGUCAGUCACAGCCAGGGGAGGUGUGACAAUGGCUACUUAAACAGAAACCAAAGUGAUUUCAAUUGUAAAUGGCAGAUAAUUGAGCAGUAAAACAUCAGAGGUAUGGUCUAUACACCAAAAUUGCUUCAUUAAGCUAGCGUUGUUUUGGGGACUAUAGUGUCCCUUUAAGCUGAAAAUAAUAAUGAACAAUAUUGUGCAUUCCUUUACUAAAGUAAUCUCUUUUUAAAAUGAUGUUGAAUUUUGGAGUACAUGUCAUCUGUAAUAGAUUUAUUUUGUUUAUUUCAUUUCUUAGAGAUAUUAAAUUAUGUAUUCUAACGGUUUUGUAUUAUUUGUUGUUAUAGAUACUUUUUGCGUUAAACUGUGAGCAGUUUGUGAGUUAUCAUGGGGUCAGAGGCUGCGUCACAGAAUUCCAGCUGCAAGAUUAUGACUUUCCGGCCAACCUGGGAAGAGUUCCAGGAUUUUGGGAAAUAUAUGGCAUACAUUGAAUCUCAGGGUGCACACCGAGCUGGCCUUGCUAAGGUAAGAGUGGACUGAUCAUAUUUUAGUAAAUAAAACUUUUUUUCAUCACUAGUCUGGAGUGCAAUAGAUUCCUAGAAAAAGUUUAAGAUUACCUAUUUUUAGAGUCUAAAACAGAGUCUUUAAGAAAGAUUUCUUUUCUAUGUACUGCAUAGUACACUCUUGGGUUCUCCACGUUUCAAAUACUCAUCUGCCUGUCUCGGCUAUACAAUAGUGUACCUCUGUCUCAAAAACUGCUUUCCACUUUUUUUCAUUAAUCAAAAUGAAAUCUAAAAAUGCUCUGUGAUUUAUCCCUAGUGCAAUGUGAGAUCAUUUAAGAUUCCCUGAUGCUGUGUGACAAAGCAGCUCUGUGUGAUUGGAAAUGACUUGUCACAUGAUAGAAUUGUGUGACUUGAUCUGCAUAACAUCUGUGGGUUAGUGACUGAAGGCUUGCUUUUUUGGAAGUUUUAGUAUGUUGUAUCAUGAAGUGCAUCACUAUGUGUAUAAUCUAUCUACUUAGAUGUGCUGAGACUGUAAGCGUAUCAACGGUUACCAACAGAGCAUCUGAUAGUGAAUCUGUCAUAACUGUAUUGUCUCACAGCUCAAUACAUAGGUAAAGUCCCCGAAAUGAGCUGAGAUGUCAAUCCCUGUAACAGCCUGAAUAUUGGUGCAAUCUCAAAAUGCAUAUUGCUGGACUGCAUCAUGGCUGAGACAUACAUGUAUAUCUCUACUGGGAGUAAAGCAUGUCCCUCUUUUAUGCGAAGGUGAUUACUUCCAUCAGUGGUUCCUGACGACAUUCGUGGAAUAGAGACAGGCAUAUUUUAUUUUUAAUGGUCACUUUUAGUCAAAGUACAACUCCUCACAUAUAUUUGUGAAUAGUCAACUGAUUGUAGUUCAUAAAAUAGUUUACAUGGAGACAUUGCUUGACACUGCCAUAAAGGAAGAUUUCCUCUCCAUAUCCUCACCAGGUGUGCUCAAUAGUACUUGACAGUGGUUCAGGAGGACUUUCUUGUUGCAGUUCUCUGUUGCAUCAGAUGUAAAUUUUGCAGUCAUUUAGAUGGUAGCUGAAGGAGAGUAAUUUGGCAUGAAUAGUAAUGACAUUGGAUGCCCACAGGUAGUGGGUCUGUUUUUGUGCAGAGCCAAUAGUCAAGCAGCAGAAGGCAAAUAGCCUAAUCUUUUUGCAUCUGAAUACAUAUUAUAGACUAUCAAGACACUUCUACAGAUCUGAUGGGUUAAGAUGCAACCUUGCAAUGCUCCUCAAUAUCCCUUAUCAUGGAGGGACUAGGAACUUAGGACUUUGUGACAGACGUGGAAUAGUUCAAAUAAGCCUGUCUAUUGUUUUGGGUGCCUAGGAUGAAUGCUCUCUAACCUGAUUGACAGACCUAUUGUGGGUCUGCUCUGCUCUUCCUUUGCCCUGCUUAUCCCCAAAUGCUCCCAUUGGGCACCCAAUUAUUCACAACUGAAACGGCGACAUGCAUAGUAGCCCGUCUACUCAGACUAAGCUGCAAGAACCAAGGGAGUGGACUGUGCAGACUUAAUUUUUCUACUCUCCGAAAAUGUUUGACUUCAUGCUGCAUCUUUUUGUUUUUUAAAAAGAUCUGGAAUUUUAUAUACCUUAAAAAUUAAACUUCUCUCUUGCAAAUAUGUAUGCCUAAAGUCAUUACAUUAUAUAAAUAGUAGAGUAACUAACUGCUAAUUACAAUACGCUCUUUAUGCUUGCAGGUGAUUCCUCCAAAGGAGUGGCGUCCAAGACAAACAUAUGAUGACUUGGAUGAAAUGGUGAUUCCGGCACCCAUUCAACAGGUGGUUACUGGCCAAUCUGGUCUCUUUACGCAGUAUAACAUCCAGAAGAAAGCUAUGACUGUAGGAGAAUACCGGAAGUUGGCCAACAGUGACAAGUGAGACUGGUGCUGUGAAACCAAUUAAUGGACGUAAUAUGCAGGACAUGUGCACACAGUCAUGAGAAAAUCAAAGUACACCCUCUUUGAAUUCUAUGGUUUUACGUAUCCAGACAUAAUAAUCAUCUUUUCCUAAGCAGUUAUUAAAAUGAGGUAAAUACAACCUCAGAUGAACAAACAACAAAUGACAUAUUACAUUGUUUCAUGUAGGUGUAAAAGCACUGUUUAAGUGUUUGGCCCCCCUUGCCUCCUGAAAAAAAGGUGGUUUACUUACCUUUUUCCAGAAUGCGUAGAUCUCAUUGUGGCUGGCCCCGCCCCUGCUCUGCCUUCUUUGCUGAGAACAUCAAUUUUGACGAUCUCAACCAAUCCAAUGCUUUCCGAUAGCUAAGCAUUGGGAGGCUAUUGCGCAUGUGCAGCAAAACGCAGCGCUGCGCCAAUCCGCAUUCCUUCUUAGAGAUGAAUUGAAUCAGUACAUCUAUAUGUGGAGCGUUCAGUGUCUCCAUGCAUUGUGUGGAGAUACUGAAUGCCAGUGCUGCCCAUUGUACACCACUGGCCCAUUCGAGACAGUUGCCAAUCUUCUCUGGCUGAAUAUCCCAGCAAAUUCACCUCAAGGUUUGACUGUGCAAUGCUCAGAGAAAUUCCAAAAAAACAAGUUACAUAUCAGAAUCUACAGGCCUCAGUUAGCAUUUUAAAUGUUAAUGGUACAAUUUGAAAAAGACAAAACAAGUAUGGUUUAUUUGGGAGGCUUGCCAGGAGAAAGCUGCUUCUCUCUAGAAAGAACAUGGCCUCACGGCUUAGGAACAAUGUCCUUUGCAUAGAUGAGAUUAUGAAGAUGUUUGGCCAUAAUGCACAGCGCCACAUUUGGUGGAAAACAAACAUAGGAUAUCAUACCAACUUUCAAGCACAGUGGUGGAGGGGUGAUUAUUUUGGCUUGUUUUGCAGCCACGGGACCUGGGAACCUUACAUUCAUUGAGUCGGCCAUGAAAUCUGUAUACCAAAGUAUUCUAGAGUCAGAUGUGAGGCCAUCUGUCCUACAGUUCAAGCUUGGCCAAAAUUGGGUCAUGCAACCGGACAAUGUUCCCAAGCACACCAGCAAAUCUACAACAGAAUGGUUAAAAAAAGAAAGAAUCAAGUUGUCGCAAAUGCUGUGGCGGGACCUUAAAGGAUCACUAUAGGAUCAGGAAUACAAACAUGUAUUCCUGACCCUAUAGUGUUCCAUCUAGCCCCUCAUGCCUCCAUAAAUAUGGCAAAAUCUUACUGUAUUCAAGCCUGAAGCUGUAACUAUGCAUGCUGUUAGACUCAGAAAAACAAGCAUCUGCUGACAUCAUCAGAAGUGGUGUACUGAUCCACUCACAGUGCUUCCCCAUAGGAUUGGCUGAGACUGACAAGAGGCAGAUCAGGGGCAGAGCCAGCAUGAUUCAAACACCGCCCUGGCCAACCAUCUCCUCAUAGAGAUGAAUUGAAUCGUUGAAGCUCUAUGAGGAAAGUUCAGUGUCUGCGUGCAGAGGGAGGAGAUACUGCAUGUUUGGAUGCAUUUUAGGCAACCAUGACCCAGGAAUUAUCUCUAACAGCCAUCUAAGGAGUGACCAGUGAAGUUAUCACUAGGAUGUAAUGUAAACACUGCAUUUUCUCUGAAAAGACAGUGUUUACAGCAAAAAGCCUGAAGGUAAUGAUUCUACUCACCAGAACAAAUUAAAUAAGCUGUAGUUGUUCUGGUUACUAUAGUGUCCCUUUAAGAGAGCUGUGCAUAAACAAAUGCCAACAAACCUCAAUGAACUGUAAGAAUGUUGUAAAAAAGAGUGAGCCAAAAUUCUUCCACAACAAUGUGAGACACACAGAAAACUAUUACUUUAAGUUAUUGCUGCUAAACAUGGUUCUAGAAGCUAUAAAAUCAUAAGGUGUAAUAGUUUUUCAGAAUACAAAUUAAGAAACCACGCACACAUAAAAAUACAGUUUUAAAUGUUAUAAGGCUUAUUAAAAUCACCUAUCUCCGCAAACAAAUAUGGGGAUUCAGUUCCACCAUGUUACCAUAUUAGUUUUUCACACAUGGCUUCUCCAUGUUGGCUUUAUUUUGUUCAGUCAUAAUAUGGUGUAAUAUGUUAUGUGUCAUUAAUCAUCUGUUCCUUAGCAGGUCUUAAAAUUCGGUAAAUACAACCUCAGAUGAACAUUAUGUCCUGAUAUGUAAAACCAUACAAUUCAAAGCGGUUGUACUUUCAUUUCCCCAUGACUGUGUGUAUGUAUGUGUGUGUAUAUAUUUUAUUUUUAUUUUGUGUGUGUAUGUAUGUGUGUAUAUAUAUAUAUAUAUAUAUAUAUAUAUAUAUAUAUAAUUUAUACACACACAUAUACUGUGGCGGGACCCUGAGGUAUAUUUUACACAUGUGUCAGCCAAUUCAAAGUCUUGUGAAGCUGCAUGAGCUUUCUCCUAAAGCACAUAACUCAGGCUCUAUCAAGAGGAUUAAUUUAUUAUCCUAGUCGUACCUAGCACAGUGGAAUUUACUUUCUAAACGCUGAAUUGUAACCAAAUUAAAACUUUCUUUAUCAAAAUGGCGAAUUUUGAGAAUUGCAUUUUUUUUCCCUUUUCGUUUUGUUGGUUCACCAUAAUUCCUUUUACAGUGAAAAUACCAGUAUGUGUAUCUGUUUGUGGUGUGGAUGAAAUGGCCUACUCUGAACAGUUAUACUGUUUCAUUUUGUUUGUUUCUGUACUUCAUAGAUUUUUUUAUUAUUUAUUUAUCAUUUGUGUUUAUCAGGGUUGUUUGCUAAUGUGUGACAUGUCGGCAUUUCAAAGUGAAAUUCGGAUUUCAAGCUAAACCGCUCAACUUGGACAAUCUAACCAUUUUGGCUUUUUUUUUUUUGUCUAAAAUUUUAAAUUGGUUUUGAAUUAUUGACAAUUCACACAUUAGUGUUAGUGAACUAAUAGGAAGAAGCUGUAUGAUUUAUUGUAUAUUUUUUUUCUUCACAUUUUCACUUUUUUUCGCACAAUUGUGUGAAUUACAGCUUCCCCUUUAAAUUAGUAUAGAUUCAGACGGAAAAGGGCGUUUUCCUGACUAUCACUUUCUCCUAACUCGUAAUUGAAUUUAAAAUAAAGAGGAUGACCCUAAAUUGUCUUUCAUUGUGUACUUUCAUGUGAUGAACUACUCUCAUUGUUUUAAACCUCUAGAUAUUGCACUCCACGACAUCAGGAUUUUGAUGAUUUAGAGCGUAAAUACUGGAAGAAUCUCACUUUUAUGUCCCCCAUAUAUGGUGCCGAUAUCAGUGGAUCUCUUUACGACAGUGUGAGUUACUUAUUUUACCUCUUUACCAUGUUAUAUGCACAAACUUUGAUGGCCUUUACUUCUUCAUACCCUUCAUAACAAUGCCUUAUUUUAUAUUGUUAGAGUCUACAGAAUUCAUAUAGAAUAAAAUAAAUACUCUCUGUAAUCUCUGUGAAGAGAAACUUAUUUCUUUGUGUUUAUCUUCUUUGAUUGUACUACUUUUUAUUACUUUUUGCUUUUGGUAAUUACAUCCUUUAAUGCUUACCUGGAUAACCGUCUCUGAUUACAUUAUCUUGGCAGGGAAUAAACCUGUGGAAGAUUGCAGGGCUGAACACCCUUCUGGACAUGGUGGAACAUGAAUGCGGGAUUAUCAUUGAAGGAGUCAAUACACCAUACCUUUACUUUGGAAUGUGGAAGACUACUUUUGCUUGGCACACUGAAGACAUGGACCUGUACAGCAUCAACUACCUCCAUUUUGGAGAACCAAAAUCCUGGUAAGUGUUUAAGUGUAUGGAUAUAUUAGAAAAAAAUUAUUACACACAAAAAAUCGAGACUAAAGUAUGUGAUGGCAAGGAGGACAGUUAAGAUAUGUGUUUAUUUGUGAUUUAGUAUCCACAUUUUGCCAAUUUUACUUUAUGGUUUAUUCUUUAUUGUUGCUAAAUUUGCCUAUGCUAUUCUUGUAUUGUAAUAUAUAAAAGGGAUCAGUAUUGCAAUCAGUUGGUCUGCUACAGGAGAAGCUUAGGGGAUCAGAGCAAGGAGAAUGUGGUCUCAACCACUGGAGUUGUAGACCACAAGCUAUCCUACUGGACAGACAGGGUUCACUACCCCUGCUGGACCACCGUGGAGAUUACCCAUAGCACCCUCCCUGUAGAAAGCUAAAAUAAAGAACACCACAAUUCACAGCCAGCUAACACAAACAAGACUGCACACACAAUGCUGGGAGGGACGAAGGAAGAGACAAUGGGGGUGAGAGGUUGAGACACUCAUUGCUCUUCUCUAAACAUCUAAAAAAAUGUUUUUGCUGAUUAUUACUGAAUGGCAAUAUUGAUGCAAAUAGUUGUGACUAUAUACUACAACACUCCCGAACCUUUGCAAUCAGUGGCUUGCUGGGAAAGAUUUAUGGGAACUCGAUUUAGUGAACAAGUAACGGUGGUUUAGUAUUUGAAUAACCCUAACAUAACGCCCCAUGUCAGUAGUAGAUCUUUAAUGAUUCAAUUCAUGAGCUCCCCUGUUAAUGGUUCCCCUCAUUCAUUCUCCGAUACAUACACUAUUGCUGCAGUAUAGUAUUUUUAUAGCCCACUAGAGAAGAGAGCAUGUUAGAGGGCCAUAGUGAAUGGCGUUUCAAAUGCCUUCCAUUCUGGUAUUGUGUCUUGUUUCGAUUUUAAUCUAAAGAUACAUGUUAGCCGCUGGAUGGUCAAAAAUCCACAAUGGAGCGGAUAGACCAUUAAGAACCUUAAGAUGGAAAAUAUAAGGAGAGGUCCGGUAGAAUGUUUCUCUUGCUUUACUGAACAAAGGGAAGACUCCUGCUGAGUGUGUUUAAGCUGUUUUGUGUUUUCUGUGACCUGACUCAAAUUCCUGUAGUGCACUGGUUAUUAAUGUUGUGCAGAAUAAUACUCUUUCAUCCAUAUCAACUACUGUUUACGUUUUUUUAAGUGUCUUACAUAUAGCCAGUUCAUUUUGAGAUUUAUUUAUUUAUUGAGAACAUUUGAGGCAUUUGUUUACUAGUUCUUAAAACCUAGACUUACUAACUAGAUCCUAAUCCCUCUCCCUUAGGAUAAUUUUUUUUUUUCACAUGACUUUUCUUAUGCAUUGUCCUACUUCCUUUGUCCUGCUUACAUCGUUUCAACUUUAACCUGAUCACAUCCCAUGAGUUUUUCCAUUUUAUUUUCUCUUGAACAGGUUUUUUUGAUAUUUGUUCUGUAAUUCUGUUUACCCUCCAAAUAAGGGGCAGUGCACAACAAAUUUUUGUUGUGGAUAUUCAUUCUGCCUAGACAGGAAAAGACAGGAAAUUACCUAGAAAUUUUAAAAGUUAAGACCCUCCUCACAGCCAGUGCCCAAAUAACCCCAGUUCUCUGCCUGCCUUUGGCAGGUUAGGAUAGGCAUUCCCGUAUUCAGGAGUAAAUAAGGGCACUGUGCGGGCCCGGCUCUUCACUGGUUUUUGAAUGAUUUUGCUUAUGCCAAGUGCCUGUCUUUCUCAUGUAUUACUUCUGUCAAACACCUGUGCAGAGAGUAUGAUGUGUCGAAGGCUGGGAGGUCCAUUAUUAAGGCUCCAUAGAGCCGAAACGUCGCACUUAUUUGUGAGAAGACUUACCCUCUAAUAAAUGCGCCAUCAAGAACCUUGGAGUGCUGCCUGUGUCUUUUACGAUUUGCUAGACUCUAGCAGAUUGCUGUCUGCUGUUUCCACGGAGCAUCUCUCAGGAGGAUGGCCGGAUUACUAAGCGGUACUUGAGUGCAGGGUGAAUUAUUUUUACUUGUGUCUUAAGGAAACUAUAAUUCCAGCAAAUAGGUCAUCUAAGUUCCUUUUCCUCUUCAUGUAAAGGCUCAUUCCACAAGAGCAAUUGCUAUCUCAUGGGCAUGCAAGACUUCAGCUUGUCCUCAAAUUUGCAAAACCGCUACCUGGCAAUCAAUUUACACUUUCUCCAAACACUAUAAAUUAGACACACAGACCUCUGAGCAUACUGGUUUUGGGAAAAGGUGUUACAGGCUGUGGUGAAAUUGUCUACCUACCAUUUGGGGAUUGCUUGUCUAUCCCAGUUGUUGUGUACUGCCUCUAAUCUGGAGGGAAUAUAUCAAAUUUUACUUAUUGUAUUUUUUUUUUUUUUUUUAUUUUUUUUUUAGAGACCGCACACAAAUCGCCCUCCCCUUUUAAUUAAUAUAAUUUUUCAGUUAAUUUGCUUGUGUAUUUCUGGGAUUAUUUUGGCAUUUGCGGUUUUUAAACCCUAAGGAGAAUUAUGAGGUGGGAUUAACUUUCAGAAUUCUUGGUGACUGGCCUACCUUAUCCUGUCUAGAUAGAGUGAGUAUCCGAGUUGUGUGCAUUGCCUCAAAUCCGAAGGAAAAAUAAAUUCACAGUAAAUAAAAUUUGAUCUUUCCUGCCUUCAUUCAGUUAUGCCCUCUUUCAAUCGUGAAGAUGUUCUCUCUCCCCUUCUCCUACAACAAAUUCUCUACCUCCCUCUUCUUUUUAGUCCCUACAUCUCUAAUUAUUUGCUUAAUCCAUAAUCUCUUGUCUCCCACUUUGCCUCUUGUGUCUGUGAUAAAACGGUUUGUCUCCCUCGGUGUCCCAAUCCUCACUGCCUCGUUCUUUAUUCUUAAUCCCUCAUGAGAUUCUGCAUCCCAUAUUAAACUCUUCUGUCUCAGCUGAUAACUCUGUGCCUGUCUUUCAAAGAAUUAACUAUGCCGUCCUUGAUUCAAUUAAAGUUCUCUGAACAUCUCCCAAUUACAGCUGCUAAUUAAGUAAUUAUGCAAGCUGUUUUAUGUGCUAUUAAUCAGAGAAUUGAAGAGGUGUUAAUAGAUCUCUCUCUCUGUUUGUGUGUGUGUAUAUGCAUAUAUAUUUGGUGUGUGUGUGUUUGUGUGUGUAUGUGCGUGUGCAUACAGUCACCACUUUAUUAAGUACAUCUUAGCAUUGACACAAAUAAUCAAACUGCAAUUUAUAUGGCUUCCAUGUAACAUACAAAUCAUGCCUACGUAGUCCAAUUGCUUUGUUAUUCAACCCAAGCUUAGAAGAGGUAAGCACUCGAGCAGCAAAAUGGAAGAAACCAUAUCAGACCUAGAAAAAUAGUGUCAAAGGAGAUUAUUUAUAAAAUAUUUUAUUUAUUUAUAUUAUUUAUUUAUAAAAUAUUUUACCAGGAAAGAUACAUUGAGAUUUCCAUUGUUUUCAAGUAUGUCCUGGGUGAUGAAAGUAUUAACAGCUUAACUUCUGGAUCUAUCAAGCAAAUUAUAGAAAUUACCUGGUACAAAUGGAGACACCCAAGAAGACUGCAAAUGUUUAAUUUUAUUUGGUUUUGUUUCUAAGGCCUCAUUAUUUUAUACAUUAAGAGUAGAUGGAUGGAGCUUUUAACCAAGAGUUAUUUAUUUAUAAAAUAUUUUACCAGGAAAGAUACAUUGAGAUUUCUCUUGUUUUCAAGUAAUGUCCUGGGUGUUAUGAUGAAUGUAGUCAUUAAGCUGUAGUGUCCCUUAAUGACUACACUAAGCAAAGUUUUGUUCGUAAAAGAAACAAAAAAAUUAGCUCCUAGAUUCAAAGCAAAUUUAUUUAUCAAACCUUGCUCUAGACCCACAAAGCACUUUCACGAUUAACUGACUCUCCCCCUUAUCUCCAUUCAUAAAAGUGCUGAUUUGAAGAGAAAUCUCUAAUUUUAUGAAUUAAUUUGCAUUGUUUGGGAACAGGUACACGGCAAAAGGGAGCUUUCUGAUUGGUCUUUCAAGCAGAAGUAAGAGCUUCCAUGCGGAAGCUUAGUAGGCUUCCCUAUAAGAAGCAUUCUGUUGAGCAAUGUGUCGCGUUUGAGUCAAUGAUUAUGCCUAAUUUAUCCGAGCAGGAAGGGGAGACUGUUGUCACUGACAGCUUCAGGUGGACUGGAACAGCACUGCUUCUGGAUAGAAAAGUGCAUAAUUUAAAGGGACACUAUAGUCACUCGAACAAAUACAGCUUAAUCUAGUUGUUCUGGUGAGUAUAAUGGCUCCCUUCAGGCAUUUUCAUAUAAACAGUGCCUUUUCAGAGAAAAGGCAGUGUUCACAUUGCCCUUAGGGACACCUCCAAGUGGCCACUCAUUAGAUGGCUAGUGGAGGGGUUCCUGGCUCAGGGCUGCACAGUAGGCAGAUGUUCAGCUGUGUUGUGUGCUUCUUUUGUGGGGUUGUGCUGUGUGUCUUUGUGUGUUGUAUGUGACUUUGGUGUGCACAGCAACCACAAAACAUCUACACACAUUAUUCGCUAUGGUUCUUGGUGUAUGUGUGUGGUGUGCUCCUGCAGCAGGUGAUACUUUGUCAUCAGAGCACAGGAUUUAUUUGAUCCUUUGUCAUCAGAGCACAGGUUUUUUUGUGGCGGCUAGACUGCGAUGAAGGGAUUAUUGUGGUCUGCACUUGCUGAAGGGUAGACUACAAGUAUGUAGUGUGAACCAAAGGGUGGUGCCAUUGCCUGGUGCUCAUGGCGCAUGCUAUGAAGGAGAUUGAAUGAUUGGAGAUUUUGCCUAUUGUCAUCAAUUAAGGGGCUUGAUGUGUAUAAAUUUGAUAUUCGAGUAAGUGCAAGUUGAGGACUCUGAAAAUGUAUGUUACACACUCUCUCCUAUCUCCAAAUAAUGCAUCACAAACAUUUUAAACUAGUCUGAUAUCCUGUUCCCCUUAAUAAAACAGCAUGCGGCUUCACAGGUUACACUGUUAUGAGAGGUAUUUUGUAAUUCUGCAUGAUGGUCAUGUUGUGUAGAUGCUGCUAGACAUUACUGACUGCUACAGCAAAUUGCCUUCUGUUCAGUUCAUAUAACACAAUUGCUACAGUGACCUCAAUCACUGUUUUUUUGCGGCUUCUCUGAUUUGUUAUUGGGGACUUCUACAGAAUGUGGGACACAUCUCUUGGGUUUGUAUGUUAGAUUGGAACACACUGCCUUUAUCUCAAACAAACUUUUCUCUACCGCACAGAAACACUUGUUACAAACAACAAAAAAUGAGAUUGGCUUAUUUAUAAACAACUAGUGCAGUGUGCUAAAUAUGUAGUAAACUGCUGACAAUACUGUGCAGUAAUUUUAGUUUGAGGCAGUUUGCCAAGCAUUUAGAAGUCGAGGAUUUCCUUUUUUUUUUUUUAUAUCCUAGGCAAGGAUGUGCUCUGUUUUGGAUGCUAUGAAUAGAUGUCGCACACAUUUUUUAAUUCAGACUAUUUGUUCGGUAUUUAGCAUACAUUACCGGUUAUUUAUUAAGGCUUGCUGCUUUCUUAGGUCACAAUAAACCUCAAACCAUAGCACAUCAAUGACAUUAUGCAAACUUCUUUAUGGUUACAAAAUAUAGCAAUAGUAUAGCACAAUUAAAGUGCAUAAUCAAAAUGUGAUAAAACCGCAAUAAACAAUGGCUUCUUCAAGUUGUUGGGUAUAGGUAUAUGUGUAAACUUUAUGUAAACCAUAAACCCACCAGUAUUACCUUUUUUUUUUUUUUCUGACCGAGAGUAGAGACCAAUGUUUUGGCUCAAUGCUUUCCUCAAGGGGAUCUCAAUCUCGCUCUACAUUUCCUGGCAUAUUUAUGCCCAUUAAACAUGUGUAAGUAAUGUUACAAAACAUAGCCCGCAUCCGCCCCUUUCUUACACAAGGUGCUACCAAGGAGCUUGUCCAUGCUCUAGUAAUUUCCCGCAUGGAUUACUGUAACCCUCUCCUGAUUGGUCUCCCCAAAAGCCAUAUUGCCCCACUACAGUCUGUAAUGAAUGCUGCAGCUAGACUGAUUUUCCUCUCUAGUCAGUACUCUCACACCUCACCCCUCUGCCAGUCCUUACAUUGGCUCCCUGUAUCCUAUAGGAGUCAAUUCAAAGUGCUAACCCAUACAUUUAAGGCACUGAGCAAUUCUAGUCCCUCUUAUAUCUCAUCACUGAUCCAUAGGAAUGCCCCUCGUUCCCUCCACUCUGCUACAGAAAACCAAAAAACCAAAAAAGUGCUAAAUGUAAUUUAUUCCAAUGUAACAGUGGUUCCUAACCCAGUUCUCAAGUACCUUAUAACAGUCCAGGAUUUAGGUAUCCCAUUGUACAGUGCUAUGGAAUUUGCUGGCACUGUAUAAAUAAUAAAAUAAUAAUAAUCCAAAUGUCUCUAAGAUUUUGACACAACAGGGUAAUUCCUAAAUCCUGGACUGGCAGGUAGUACUUGAGGACUGGGUUGGGGACACCUGCAAUAUAAAAUAUAUAAACACAAUACAUUGUCAGUAGCAACAUAGAGGCAUAGCUGUACUCAAAUAAAAAAAAAUAACCCUUAAUAAACUAAAGAUAAAUGUCCCCCUUAAUACAUUAAUGUACCAAGGUUAUAACAUGUUAUACUCCUAUUUAUUUUACUAGUUGUCAUAAUAAUGGUAAAGCCUCUCUCCGAGAUAUGUAAAAAAAAAAAUAUAUAUAUAUAUAUCUGGAAAUGAGGCCUGGCGCGCCCUGGAUCCGGAGCAACUUGUUUGUUUGGUGAGUGUGGUAUUUAUCAUCUCUUCAUCAUAAUGGUAAAAGCAGAUAUACGUUUACAUAAUGUAUACACAAAAAAUAGGUAAAUAAAACCACGUUUAAACAUAAUAUCACUUUAUAUGGGGAAGAACAAACACAAAUAUACAAAAAGAAGAAAGAAACUUCAUAUAGUUAUAAAAAUUACUAGGAAAUAAAUAAAUAUAUAUAUAUAUAUAUAUAUAUAUAUAUAUAUAUAUAUAUAUAUAUAUAUAUAUAUAUAUAUAUAUAUAUAUAUAUAUAUAUAUAAAAUUUUUAUAAAGCUGUAGAGUUAGUAACAUAAAACAAACAGGGAAUGGGAAAAGUCAGUUGUGGUGUGCUGUGACGAUGCAGUAGGCCUGAAAUAAAAGAGGGCAAAAAAGAUGUAACCAGUUUAUUCAGACUGCAAUACACCAUAAGAUUAUCACACAAUCAUAUUCUUGAAUGCUAGGCGCACCUCCUGUACUGGCUGAGGUAUGUAUCUGGUGUAAGCUGUGGACUUCCACCUGCCCAAUAUUUUAAUGACGUGCGCAGGAAAAUUCCUCUUUGAAGCGGUAGUAGCCGCUUCUAUUCGAAAUGAGUGACCGGAAUAUUUGGCCGGAUUUAGUCCCAACCUUACUAACAACGUUCUUACAUAGAGCAUGAACUUACUGAUAGUGAGGGUAUUACCGUAUAAUGCUAGCAGUGGUUGAUGUGGUGCUAUUGAAAUGGAAGAAAGGUAUUGGUCGAAGACUUUCACGGGGCACCAUUUAUUACCAGUAGGAUAAUAGGUAAUAGUGACAGUCUGUCCCUUCACACUAGUUUUUGUAUGUAGGGACAGUAAAUAGUGAUCGGGUGUUGUAAUUAGUCGUGGUAAACUCUUUGGGUCUAAGGAACCCAUAAAACGCCAAAUAGAUGGUCGUUUUCAUGACCUGGUUUGUGUGAGUUUCAAAUGGUGAGGUAUCUAAAAGGUUUGACAGUGACUGGAAUAGGAGAUUGUGGAUAGGUAAUUUGGAUGGUGUGGGUGCAGGGGUGGAGUCCUUGAUACCUUUAAGUAUGGCCUUUACUUGGCCUAAUAAACAAAGUUUCCUGUCCUCUUACCAAGUGGUGAGGAUAUGGUGUUGAAUACCAAAGAUGUUGGAAGGAGGGCAGAAGGUAUUUACCUCCGGGGUAUUAGGGCACAGAUUCGCCGUGUGAGAGUUGGAGGCACAAAUGGCACAAGUUGCCGUCUUUAGGCCCGCAAAGUGUCGACAAAAAAGCUCCGUAUCCAGCACACUCCAGUCAGCUUGAUAAUUAAACUGGGAUAGAGCUGCCGACGCCUUUGCGGAGAAAGCACGUGGUAGUCCUAAAAAGACGUACCACCGUACUUGUGCCCCAAAUCCACCAGCUUGUGGAGGUAGAGAUCCAAUUCAUCCCUCCUAUAGGGAUACACUGAGCAUAAUAUGUCCCUGUAGAUCCCGAAAGCCAAUUCAGGGAUGGAUAGCUUACGAUUCAGCCUGAGGUCCCUGGCUUUUAGUGCCACCGAUACAUCCCCAUAUGCAUGUCUUGUUUUCAAGGACAUCUUGGGAGGCAAUGAGCAGUGAUAUCAAAUUGACAUCCUUCCCUUCCAAGCGGCUGUGAGAGGCACUACCUAUGAAUUGGCCCAAGUGGAGUAUGUGACCAUUGAUAUUAUAGCGGGGUGUUGGCCUCUCUGUGACAAGUAACUGCAAAAGACAGAGUGGGAGUGACAGGUGAGGCCCUCUCUAUGCAACCAAGCGAGGCGGCUAACUAUGAAUUGGCCCAAGGGAAUGUCGUACCUCCGAAAUGAGGAUGGGAGAUGGCCUUGCGGGACCACUAACGUAAGGCGUAGAAGGCCAGAAAACAUAUCUAGAGGCUCCUAUGUUCCAAUGCCAGUGUAUAAUUAGACUAUGAACCCGACGGGGUAGGGAGGUUGGGAGAAAAUUGUAGUAAUCUACGAGAGUAAUUGUGAGUUUUUGCAGGGUUAUAUCGAUAUGUACCCUUAAUUCCCCACUGCUAACAAGAUACCUACCGGUAAAUUAUCCAAAUGUAGGAACCUGGAACCAAAGAAUCAAAAAGCUGCAAGGAUGGCCUAAACCUAGUAAUGCAGAAAUUACACAUAAGUACCCAGGCCUUGUAAGAUCCUAAGUGGGCAAUUAAUCAUCAAUUAUUGACCUAUACCAGAUGAAAAAGGUAGUAGAGUAGCAGCCCCCUGUGGAUGCCGUUGAGACUGAAACAUAAGAGGUCUAUAAUCACUUGUAGGCUUUAAAUCUAUGCCCCAUACACAUAAUGUAUAACAUUUGAACACUUCAAAAAUGGUAUGUGUAUAUACCGUACGUGUUUAGAUAUCUAUGUACUAUUGACAGAAAAGUGGAACCUGUAUUUCAGAAUGUAUUGUGGAACAGAAACAUAUGAAACAGCAUGAAAAUCAGAACAUGAGCCAAGCCGAAAAAUUCCUGAACUACCCAUACCAAUACAAUACUUAGCCUUAUUAGGCUUCACAUAAUACAAUAAGUAAUAACUAGUCUGACCACCAGAGGUCGGUAUAACCAACAUAAAUACAAAAUUAAAUUAACUAAUCGGCAGUUUUUACAAAUCCCGAAAAUAGUGUUCGGUAAAAUAUACGAAUGGCCCAUUAGAAGGGCUAUGUGUGCAUACAAUCGAACACUAUCAAUUUAACGAAACCAUACGAAUGAGGUUAAUUUGUGUGUUUGAACAAAGCGUUUGUGCGUCUGCUCACGAAAGCCCGCCAAACUGAGUGAUUCUGACCGAAUGAAUAACCUAAGCGUUUGUAUGCCAUGAAUCAUACGAACAAAAAACACGAACGGAGAAGCAUGUAAUAAUGAUAGGGCCAGCCCAGGAUGAUGCGAAUCAACCGCGACAGCGGCACGGCGGGCAGCCUUGACUUACGGUUUGGAUUCAAAUUGGCACCAGUCAGAGGGUGGUUGGCGAGGUAAGGACCUGCUGAGUCUCCGCGGAGUCAGGAACUAGCGUGCGAGCUGACCAGGAGCUGCAGGACCAGGUAAGUGUUUCCACGAGUUUUCAGAAUAGAAAAUGGCAAUUUGCGCGGACUGGAUGUUACGGUAUGCAAAUCUACAGACCUGAGACGGUAGUGAGUGCAGGGCUGGUGCUCCUUAAGUGCUCCUUAAGAGGGGGAACCAUGCCCUUCCCAUAACUUCAGAUAUAUAUAUAUAUAUAUAUAUAUAUAUAUAUAUAUAUAUAUAUAUAUAUAUAUAUAUAUAUAUAUAUAUAUAUAUAUAAUCUAUAUCGGUCUGGCUGAUAUUAUCGGCCGAUAUUUGGUAUUUUCGGCAAUAUCGGUAUCGGCCAACUCAGAUACCGAUAUUGCCGAUAAUAUAUAACAGGACCGCCGGGCCCAUUAGAAGCCCGGCGGUCCUGUGGGGGCCAGCAGCAAGCGCUGACUUACCUUGCAAGCAGCUCCUCCAGCUCUCUGUGUAAAUCUCGCGAGACCCGCGGGCGCAGAGCGUUGCCAUGGGUUACCAUGGCAACGCUCCGCGCGGCACUAAGAGCCGCGAGAUUUACACAGGGAGCUGGAGGAGCUGCUUGCAAGGUAAGUCAGCGCUUGCUGUUGCUGAGCCACCACUGUACUUAACAAGCCACUGGACCACCAUGGAAUACUAUAUCCCCCUCCCUGGUAAGAAGCAGGGAGGGGGGACUAAACAAAAAAUAAAAAAACAUUUAAAUAUUAAAAUAAAAAAUUACACAAAUUACAUCACUACACACACACACAAACACACUCUACACAAACACACUCUACACAAACACACACUGGGGGGGGGGACUAAACAAAAAAAACAUUUAAAUAUUAAAAUAAAAAAUUACACACAUUACAUCACUACACACACACACACACACAAACACACUGCACACAUACUGCAUUACAUACACACAUACUGCAUUACAUACACACUACACAGACACACACACACUGCAUUACAUACACACACUACACAGACACACACACACUGCAUUACAUACACACACUACACAGACACACACACACUGCAUUACAGACACACACACCACAAACACACACUGCACACAUACUGCAUUACAGACACACACACUACACUGCAUUACACACACACACACUGCAUUACAUACACACUACACAAACACACACUGCAUUACAUACAAACUGCAUUACAUACACACAUACACACUACAAACACACACACUGCAUUACAUACACACACAAAAACACACUGCAUUAUACUCAGACAAUACAUAAACACACUGCAUUAUAUACACACUACACACACUGCAUUAUAUACACACUACAUUCAUUACACACACACACUACACAAACACACACUCUGCAUCCACUACACACACAGUUCCCCUGUCUAAAAACACUUCAUCCACUACAUGUGGCAUGUAUAUUUUGUGCAUUUACCUUUCGAAUUAGUUUAUUUAUUCAAAAUAGUAAAUGUACAGAAUAUCGGCAAGAUAUCGGCUAUCGGCCUGAAAGUUCGCAGAUUAUCGGUAUCGGUAUCGGCUCUAAAAAAUCAAUAUCGGUCGAUCCCUAAUAUAUAUCCAGCACCAAUCACAGUCAGCACAGUUGGGCAUGCUCACUUUUGAAUUAAUAAUGUUGGGAAUUGAUUGAUCACUCCUGAGCAAACCUGAUAUUAAUACAAGAUGGUGCUAGUCUCAUAAGCACGUACAGGCAGUGUCACUAGACACAGGCCUGGAUGUCACAGCUAUUAAUUAAGCUGACAGGCAUGACACAACAUAAAACUGUAUAAAGCCACAAAACACAGCAUCAGCCUGACUCGAUAUCGAGGGGCUGCGAAGAUUGUAUAGUGUUAGCCAAUAGAUAAGAACUAAGCUAACCGCACAGGCAUGAAAUGGCGUCAUUGGUGGUCCUGAAUAGCCUGGCCAGCUGCCUGUCCCAACCGCCACUCAUGACAGGUCUUUGCUGGGCUGCACUGAUGAGAAACUCGGUGGAAAAGUACAGACUGCCCACUCUUUUGGAAAGGUAUAAGAAACAGUGAAACUUGACACUCACUUGGAGAACUACCCACCUGUAAUACGGACACGUGUUGCUGGUUCUGCUGUUCCCAGUAGAGGGUCCCUCCAAACUGAUUGCCAGAGUUUCCCCAGUCGUUUGUAACUGAGUGACAACCAAGCUUCUUUAAUAGUGAUGUAUACUUAAGCUGAUAUCUAGAUACUUAAGCUGUUUGAUGUGAAUGCAUGCAAUAACUUAAAUGAAUACAACUUAUAUUGUAUUGGGUUACUUUAUGGACAAUAAAGUGUGAUGUGAAUUAUUAUAUUCAACUAGGUCUCUGUGUGAUUUCUCUUUCCUAUUGUUCAAGAUACUCAUACCGAAUUGGGUUGUGUGCCCCCCAAUAUCGCUUUAGACCUUAUAAGUAUUGAUUAUUACUGGAUAUUUUAUACUUCAUGGAUCUAAUGAUUAGGCACAACAACUUUGAGCUCUGCAUACAACUCAUCUGUCAGGGGUGACUAACAAUGGCCCCAAAAGACAGAUAGGAGCUGCAGGUAUCGAUUGAUUCAUAGGUCUCCCCAGUGUGAGGUAGAGAUUUAACUACAGGUAAUACUCGAAAAAUUAGAAUAUCAUGCAAAAGUUCAUUUAUUUCAAUAAUGCAACGUAAAAGGGGAAACUAAUAUAUGAAAAAGACGCAUUACAUGCAAAGCAAGAUGGUUCAAGCCGUGAUUUGUCAUAAGUGCGAUGAUUAUGGCUUACAGCUCAUGAAAACCCCAAAUCCACAAUCUCAGUAAAUUAGAAUAUUGUGAAAAGGUGCAAUAUUCUAGGCUCACAGUGUCCCACUCUAAUCAGCUAAGUAAGCCAUAACACCUGCAAAGGGUUUCUGAGCCUUUAAAUGGUCACUCAGUCUGGUUCAGUAGGAAUCACAAUCAUGGGGAAGACUGCUGACCUGACAGUUGUGCAGAAAACCAUCAUUAACACCCUCCAUAAGGAGGGAAAACCUCAAAAGGUAAUUGCGAAGGAAGUUGGAUGUUCCCAAAGUAUCAAAUCAUAUUGAUAGAAAGUUAUGUGGAAGGGAAAAGUGUGGAAGAAAAAGGUGCACAAGCAGCAGGGAUGACCGCAACCUGGAGAGGAUUGUCAGGAAAAGGCCAUUCAAAAGUGUUGGGGACUUUCACAAGGAGUGGACUGAGGCUGGAGUCAGUGCAUCAAGAGCCAGCACACACAGAUGGAUCCUGGACAUGGGCUUCAGAUGUCGUAUUCCUCUUGGCAAGCUGCUCCUGAACAACAAACAACGUCAGAAGUGUUUUACCUGGGCUAAAGAAAAACAAACCUGGUCUGUUGCUCAGUGGUCCAAAGUCCUCUUUUCAGAUGAGAGCAACUUUUGCAUCUCAUUUGGAAACCAAGGACCCAGAGUCUGGAGGAAGAAUGGAGAGGCACACAGUGCAAGAUGCUUGAAGUCCAGUGUGAAGUUUCCACAAUCUGUGUUGAUUUGGGGAGCCAUGUCAUCUGCUGGUGUUGGUCCACUGUGCUUCAUUAAGUCCAGGAUCAAUGCAGCCGUCUACCAGGAGAUUUUAGAACACUUCAUGUUUCCUUCCGCAGACGAGCUUUAUGGGGAUGCUGACUUAAUUUUCUAGCGUGACUUGGCACCUGCCCACUCUGCCAAAAGCACCAAAGCCUGGUUCAAUGACCGUGGGAUUACUGUGCUUGAUUGGCCAGCAAACUCGUCUGACCUGAACCCCAUAGAGAAUCUAUGGGGCAUUGCCAAAAGAAAGAUGAGACAUGAGACCGAACAAUGCAGAAGAGCUGAAGGCCGAUAUUGAAGCAUCCUGGUCUUCCAUAACACCUCAACAGUGCCACAGGCUGAUAGCUUCCAUGCCACUCCGCAUUGAGGCAGUAAUUGCUGCAAAAAGGGCCCAAACCAAGUACUGAGUCCAUAUGCAUGCUUAUACUUUUAAGAGGUCCGAUAUUGUUCUAUGUACACUCCUUGUUUUAUUGAUUGCAUGUAAUAUUCUAAUUUACUGAGAUUGUGGUUUGGGGUUUUCAUGAGCUGUAAGCCAUAAUCAUCGCACUUAUGACAAAUCACGGCUUGAACUAUCUUGCUUUGCAUGUAACGCAUCUAUCUCAUAUAUUAGUUUCCCCUUUUACGUUGCAUUACUGAAAUAAAUGAACUUUUGCACGAUGUUCUAAUUUUUAGAGUAACACCUGUAUGCCUUUAAAGGGACACUAUAGUCACCUGAACAACUUUAGCUUAAUGAAGCAGUUUUGGUAUAUAGAACAUGCCCCUGCAGCCUCAGGAGUUAAAUCCCUUUGUUUAUGAACCCUAGUCACACCUCCCUGCAUGUGACUUGCACAGCCUUCCAUCAACACUUCCUGUAAAGAGAGCCCUAUUUAGGCUUUCUUUAUUGCAAGUUCUGUUUAAUUAAGAUUUUUCUUAUCCCCUGCUAUGUUAAUAGCUUGCUAGACCCUGCAAGAGCCUCCUGUAUGUGAUUAAAGUUCAAUUGAGAUACAAUUAUUUAAGGUAAAUUACAUCUGUUAGAAAGUGAAACCAGUUUUUUUUUUGUUUUUUGUUUUCAUGCAGGCUCUGUCAAUCAUAGCCAGGGGAGGUGUAGCUAGGGCUGCCUAAACAGAAACAAAGUGGUUUAACCCCUAAAUGACAGUGAAUUGAGCAGGGAAAUUGCAGAGGAAUGAUCUAUACACUAAAACUGCUUUAUUUAGCUAAAGUGAUUUAGGUGACUAUAGUGUUCCUGUAAGUCGUUAAGGGGUUAAAAUGAUAAUAGCUUAGCCCAACCAUAAUCACAUGUAUAAAAUUUACAGUGCAUGUUGUUCAAUGCACAUUCUAAGGAGAGAUUGCAUCGAUGAAAUAUGAAAAGCACUUUUAUCUUUUCACAGUUCAAACAAAUAAUUUCAUAACAGAAACUGUCUAAGAAACUACUUUGCCUGGCAUCCCACUGCUACUUAAUAUUAAACUGAAGAAUCUGUAGAAAAACUGCCGGUUGAGAUGAACCUGUACUUUUGAUUUAGUUUUAUCAUAAGAAUAGGACACAUUGACUUUACUGUAAUAUAAAGUAAUUCUUGCAAAUAUUGGAGACUGUAGAAAUGACUCUCAGUUGCCAGUUAAAAAUCUGUUAUAGCUUCAUUUUAGAAUUCUGGACGUACUUGCAUACAUAUUUAUGUAUUCUUUUAUACGCACUAUCUUUGGUUUUCUACGAUUUACAGGUAUGCAAUCCCGCCUGAACAUGGCAAGCGGCUAGAGCGCCUAGCAAAAGGUAAGACAUACUUGAUUACAGAACCAUUAACAUAAAAAUAACCAGUAAUUUGCAUACUACACUCAUAGAAACAUGGGUCUAACCUGGAAAUUCUGUAAGUUUUAUUGGCACCUAAUUAUACUAGCCAGUGCUGAACAGAUCUCAACCAUCAUUGACCAGAACAAAAAUAAAAAAAAACAGAAUACCAGUGUGCAACUGUUUCUACUCAAAAGAGUAGAUCUGAGUUAUUCAAGAAAGUUUAAUUUAUAAACCUUGUUCUUUUAUACUGAGGGACCUACUUUGGUCUUAUGUGCCUAGGCAUCUUAGACUAUAGUUAUUACCCUUGUAUGUACUUUGCUGGGUUACCCCCUAUUGGUAGGUCAUUGUAGCAUGUCCUCUGUCCCUAUUGGGAUAGUAUUUUCAUCCUCUUCUACUCUAAGGAAACUUGCAAGAAAGAAUCCCUGAUAAUGUAAGCUAAUGAAUAUGUUUGAUACUCUGAAAACAUGCCUCUGUCUGGGAAUGUUUUUUUUUUUUUUUUUUCAGUAAUAGAGCUAAUGUCUGGCAGUUUAUCUACUGAAUAACCAUCAGGCUCACUGCUUUUAUGUACCUUUGUGUCAAUGAAAACACAGAUUUUAUCACAUGUCAUUAUUGUGCAGACUUAUAACACUCCAGAUAAUAUCCCCCAUACUCACAAUGGUUUUACCUGGUUUGAUCCUGUAUUCCACAUACCUGAUGUCUCUAGGGGAGGGGGGGGUGGUGUACAUACACUAUUAUUAUCUUUAUUUGGUAAUCAUACCUGAGGAAUGUGCCAAUUGUAUUGUAAGUUUGCAGUCUCCACUCUCUGUCAGAUGGUAAUUUUUGUAAUUUUUUUUUUGCUUUGUCUUUUCCCCAUAAAAAUAACUUUUGCCUCUUAUAUUUCAAAGUUAAUUUGAAUUCAGUUAAAGAACAACAAAAAUGGUUCUGUUUAAUGUCUAUCUGUCCAGGGUUCUUCCCAGGUAGCUCUCAGGGGUGUGAUGCUUUCCUACGUCACAAAAUGACUCUGAUUUCUCCAUCAAUUCUAAAGAAAUAUGGAAUUCCUUUUGACCGGGUGAGCUUUAUGGUGAAUGCAGUUAAGUAUUCAAUUUGAAAACCUUUGCUUAUAUCCAAUGCUAAUUCCAUUACUGCUUCACUUUUCUAGAUUACUCAAGAGGCAGGUGAGUUCAUGAUCACAUUCCCAUAUGGAUACCAUGCAGGAUUUAACCAUGGAUUCAACUGUGCUGAAUCAACCAAUUUUGCCACACUACGUUGGAUUGAUUAUGGAAAGAUGGCAACACAGGUAAGGGAAUAGUGAUGAUCCAUUCCCUCAUCUGCAUUUUUCUUAUUAAUCAUAUGUCUUUUUUUUUUUUUUUUCUUAAACUCAUCACUAUUUAAAUUGAACUUUUGUAGCAAAUGUUUGCCCAUGUGUAUAAUCAUCAUUCUCUGUAGUAUUUCCACUCCCCCUCCACCAUAAUCUUACUAGACUUUCAAUGCUCACAGUGCACAUGUAGGAAAGACAUGGUGAAGAUUUCCAUGGAUGUGUUUGUGAAAUUUCUGCAACCUGACCGGUAUGAGGUGUGGAAGCAGGGAAAAGAUACCACCGUUCUAGAUCAUCUAAAACCCACCGAACUCAGCAGUCCUGAAUUGGAGGCUUGGAGAGAAAGAAGAGCGCAAUUUAAGGGGAAAGUUGGCCGCAGGUACUGUGAAGGCCAUUUCUUUCCUGUCCUGGAAGCAUACUGGACAGUGACUGACUCUCUGUAAUACCUUCGGAAUGUCGUUUUCUGUGUAUUCCAGUUAUCUUUACAUUUUUACAUAUUGUGUACAUUUCUCAUUUGGGUGCUUUGCAUAGUUAUUAGUCCUUGUACUCCCUGUUAUAUGUGCAAAAAAAUACUGUGUAAUACUUGAACAUCUUAUCUUCUGUUUGCUUCUUUUUAGGCCCUAUAAGAAACGGUCCCAGCCACGCAGACACAAAACGCAAGAUCAGUCAUUGCUCAGGGAGGUGCUUGGAUCUGACUUGAUGCUGGAGGGGAGAGAGGAUGAGGACAUGAAGUGUGAUGAAGAGGAGGAGUCCAGCAAAGGAUGUAAUGAAGGUACUGAAGUCAUAAUAUUGGGAAUUGAUUGAUGACUAUUGAGCAAACCUGAUAAUAUAAGCAUAAGAACAUACAGGCCUGGAUGUCACAGCUAUUCAUUAAGCUGGCAGGCAUGACACAGCAUAAAACUGUAUAAAGCCACAAAACACAGUAUCAGCAUGACUCAACAUCGAGGGGCUGCAUAACAUCACGAAAAUAGUAUAGUGCUAGGCGAUAGAUAAGAGAUAAGCUAACCGCACUGACAUGAAAUGGCGUCAUUGGUCCUGAACAGCCUGGUCAGCUGCCAGUCCCAUCCGGCGCUCGUGACAGGUCUUAGCUGGGCUGCACUGAUAAGAAACUUGGUGGAAAAGUACACACUGCCCACUCUAUUUAAAAGGUAUAAGAGAUGGUGAAACUUGGUACUCACUUGGAGAACUACCCACCUGUAAUACGGACGCGUGUUGCUGUUCCAAGUGGAGAGGGUACCUCCAAGCCUGACUGCCAGAGUUCCCCCCCAGUCAGCAGAGUGACAACCAAGCUUCUCUAAUGGUGACCUAUACUAGGCUAUCUAGAUACUUAAGCUGUUUGAUGUGAAUUCAUGCAAUAACCUAAAUUAGAGUACAACCUAUAUUUUAUUGGAUCCCCUUAUGGGCAAUAAAGUGUGAUGUUAUUAUAUUCAACUAGGUCUCUGUGUGAUUCUCUUUGCUAUUUUUCAAGAUACUCAUCCUGAAUUGGGUUGUGUGGCCGCCAAUAUCGCUUUAAACCUUAUUGAGUAUUGAUUAUUACUUUUUGGGUAUUGAUGCUUCAUGAAACUAAUGAUUAGGCACAACAGGUACAUAGGAGGGAGACAAAAACAGCAUUAAGCUGUAGUUGCCAGUGAUUGCUGUAUUUCAAAUGGAUAAAAUGGUAAAUCAUUAUGAGUUCUCCAGAAUUAAUACAAAGUACAAGUAAAUUUAGUUUAAACAUGGCAUAGAUUUGUAAUCCUUUAGUACUACAGAAGCAUGAGCUGGAUCCACCGAAAAUAUCAAGUAAAGUAGCUUUAGAGUUCACAUGUUAUUUGAAACCAAUUCUGUAUGUGCGAGUUUGUUUAUUUAAUUUUUGGUCUUUUUGUGACAGAUCAACUGAUGGGUGACAUGAAGUGCCGUUCCCGUGUAUCGAAACCCAAGGGCGAGAGACGUAGAAAAAAAGAACAGCAGGUGGGAGAGGGAUCAGGUGUAAACCACCUGCCAGUAGAUCUUCUAAAUACCCCAGAUAUUGGCAGCUUUGCCUCGUUCAUCAGAGGGCCCUUGGACCUCUCUGCAAAUUACGAAUUCAAGCCUCGUCCCAUCAUCCCCACACUUUAUGUUGUUCCUCAGGCCAAGAAGGUUGUUUUUGACAAAACACGGAUGUCGUGCCAAGAAGCAUUUGAAAGCUUUGCCACAAGGAAGAGACAGUCUGGAAGCCAGAGAGAAUCUGAAGGAAAAUCCCAAGAGGAGGAGGUCCCUGCAAGCAGGUCCCAAGAAGAGACUAAGGCAUGUGAUGUGACUUUUUUUUUUAUAUAACAUGCAUCCGUAAUUUUUCAGUGUUUACCCAAAGUUUGAUGUAAUUUCAUUGAUUUUUUUUAAGGUUCCUAUCCUGUUUCCAAAAAUGGAAAUUAAGAAGAGUAGACGUCACCCACUAGGAAGACCUCCUGCCCGAUCCCCUAUGACAGUUGUUAAACAGGAAGUGUCUAGUGAUGAAGGUGAGUGACUUAUCUUUCUGGCCCUUUCAAGCCCCUAGCACAGAAGUGAUUAAAGUGAGAAUUUAAUGUGAAUUUCACAUUUAAGUUCAGACUAGCCAUACUGGAAUACUUCUCCAAAAGAGCUGUGCUUCCAGUUCACCUACUUUGGCCAUAAAAUUUUAAUUCAUCAUGAAUUCUCUCUCUGAAAACCCUGUAUCUCUCUGGAUGUCCAGUGUUACAAGCAGAAGUGCUAAGUAUACAAGAUCCCUACCACCAUGACCACUUCAAUUCACAACCCUUAAGUGGAGAAGUCAAUGCUUGCCAGGAAAAAAUUCCAUGAACUCUUUCCUCUUUUUACAAUCUUCAUUUCAGAAUCUGUCCCUUUCUCAGGUGAGGAAGAUGUUAGUGUCCCUGAAGCUCUACUCAAUCUUCUCUCCCACCUGUGGAAAAAUAAAUCUCCCAACUUUGCAGCUGAGAGAAAAUUCAAUGCUGCAGUUGCUCUGAUCCAGCCUCACUGCGCCGUGUGCUCGCUCUUUUCUCCAUACCGUCAGGUAACUUCUCCAUAAUGUAUUUUUUUUUUUUUUUUAACCUACUUGCAACAAGUGAGCCUCUUCCUUUUACCACUGUUAUCUCAUCUUUCCAUCUGUUUCCUAUUAUUCCACUUUAACCUUCAUUUUUGAUGUAAUAAUUUUGUCCUUAGGAUUCAACCCCUGUACCAGAUUCCUUCAUCCCAAUGUCGAAACGAGGUGAAAGUACAAAGCCACUUAUUCCAGAAAUGUGCUUUACCUCCAGUGAAAGCAAUGUGGACCCUCUGCCAAUUAGCACUUAUACCGGAGAGGAUGGUACCAGCCCGUUGCUGUCCUGUACCAAUUGUUGUGUACAGGUCCAUGCCAGUGAGUGUUGUAAUAAUCAAAUGACCCGCUUGAUACACUGCUCGUGCCACUUAACAUUUUCCAUAUAUUUUUAAACCCUGUGGCCGCUCAUGUAAUUUCCUUGGUGAUAUUUUUUUCAUCUCCAGGCUGUUAUGGUGUCCAUCCAGAUUUGGUAAAAGAGAACUGGACUUGCUCACGCUGCACUGCUUCUGCUUGGGCUGCAGUGAGUAUUGGAAAAUGAGAGAGUGAAGGGGUGAUGUGUAUGACAGUGUUCUAAUAAGCAGGAGUAAUCAUUAAACCCACUAGGAAAUUCUGAGACCAAAGUAGCUGAUUUGGGAUAAUUUCACCAUCGUCAUCUCUUUGUCCUAAAAUUGACAAUAGCCUUAUCAAUUUCCAUUUAUUGAGACCUAAAUUAAAUUGGCAUGCUGCGUGUGUAGAUUUGUCUGUUUAGUAUUGGAAGAGUGUUCUCCAGUCUUAAUGUUUGUUUCAUGCAGGAUUGCUGUCUGUGUAAUCUCAGAGGAGGAGCUUUACAGAAAACAACAGACAAUAGGUAGGUGUGACUGUUUUUUAAAUGUUGUGUCCUUGAGAGAGGGACAAUCCUAAAUGACCAUUUCAAAUUGCUAAAGCAAUUCAAUUUGUAGAGAAAUCUGCACCAAUCCGCAUCUCCUCAUAGAGGUAUAUUUAAUUAGUGCAUCUCUAUGGCGAGCGUUCGGUGUCUUCAUGCACUGCACAGAGAUUCUGAACAUAGGUACUGCAAAGGUUGCAGAACCUCAUUGAGUAAGACCUUCUAGGGGCUGUCAUAGUGAAAAGGCAGCAUUUGCAAUUCUAAGCCUUAAAGAACAAGCAUUGUCCCCUACAACCACUACAUUAAGCUGUAGUGGUUUUGGUGACUAUAAUGUCCCUUUUAUUUCCCGACCAAUUUCGAGUUGACGAAACCUGGAUACAUUUUGCACUUGUGUGCAGAACAAAAAAAAUGAUAUCUGUAUUAUUCAGUGUCUUUUGUGUAUUACAAAAAGCAUUGACUGUGCAUUACAAAAAGCAUUGACUGUGCAAGUCAGUAGUCACUAAGCAUGCAAUUUAACACCUUAAAGACCCCGAGUUUCAUUUCUUUGUGUUUGUUAAACUGUUGAAUUUCAGUCUCAUUUGAUGCAUUCAUAUGUUUAUAAUCCACAAUCCCAGGUCUUCAGUCAAUCAACAUCCCUUAGGUUGGUUGAUAUUGACAUUGAUCUUUCAGAAGUGUUUGUUCUGCAUUAUAUAUGUGGUCUCUGCUCAGAGAAGGUUUUUGGUCACUCUGAAUCUGUUUUUUUAACUGUUUGAUUAGUGCCAUAGGAAUGAGGGCCACUUGGCUUAGUGGCUAUGUUGCAUAGAAUGCCCCUUUAAAAAAAAAAAGGUUGAGUAUUUUAAAACAAUAGUGAAUGCCAAGAAAUUAAACCAAUUUAUAUUUGGCACAUAUUUUUUGAGAUCAGUAACAAGAUACUAGAUUUUGUGUUUGUAUUAAUGUUUGUUAAAUACUCACAAAUUGUUAAAAUCUUUUCCUUAUUAUUAUUUUGUAAUAAUUUUUCUUACUCUUAUUACCAAACUUGUUUCCUCCAUCUAUUUUGGUAUGCGAUAUUAUGCACAACAUGUAAAACAUUUUUUGGUCGUAUACUAUUAAUGUCCAACUGCUAAUUUCCAUUUAUUUUUAUAUAUAACUUCUGAAUUUCUGAUUAGUCAACUAUGAAUUGAUUUUACAAGAACCAAAAUAUUAUUAGUGCUUUUUUUGGUUUGUUGUGUUUUUUUUUUUUUUUUUGCUUUAAAUAUAUUUCACAUACUUAAACUAAUGCAGAAAGGUUAUAACUUUAAUGUUACAAAACACAAACUAAAGCAAAUGAAGAAACGUAUGUUCUGGUCAUAAGACCUUCACGUUUAGCUAUUCCCUUGACCUGUUAGCCUCCCCCUCCCCACAGUUUUAUUUUUCUUUCUCUGCUCACAUGUACCAUGUGUAAACCUGACUGUUUUCGCUGAUCCUUAUAACUGUUUUCUGCUUUGUCUACUGUCACUUCUGCACUAUUCUUUAGGUGGGUUCACAUUGUGUGUGCUGUUGCAGUCCCAGAAGCUCGCUUUGUGAGUGCAGUAGAGCGACAUCCAGUAGAUGUCUCUGCCAUUCCUGAGCAGAGAUGCAAAUUGGUAAGAAAACACACAUUGUUGGACAUGGUGCUGGAAAAGAUUCACCACUUUCAGGGUUAUUUACCAAGGUGAGCUUUCAAAGCAAAUUGCAAAUUUAAAACUCUUAAUAGCCAAUUUAGAUGAUUUUUCCAGUUUAGCUAUUUUGACCUUAUAUUUGAAAUUUACUUUGAAUUCUCACUUUAGAGAAUAACCCUUUUUGUGUGCAGGGGAGAGAUUAUCUGUAUCUUUAAUCUGUGACAGUAGUUUUGAAAUCAGUGUUUAACACUAACUCUCCUCCUAUUUAGAAAUGUGUAUACUGUCGAAGAAAGAUCCGCAAGGAUGGAGGAGCAUGUGUUCAGUGUUCCGUUAAUCGAUGUUCAACUUCUUUUCACGUGACCUGUGCACACAGUGCUGGCAUCUCAGUGGAGCCAGAUGAUUGGCCAUAUGUUGUGUCAAUAAAAUGCUUCAAACACAGAUCAACAAAUGAGAGUGUGAGUUUCUACAUUUGGGGGAGGGGGGGGGGAGGUUUCUGUCAUCCUAAAUUCAAUUACCACUUUCUGCAAGCCUUACCUUUACAUGUGUCUCUUCUUUUCUCAUGUAUUUCCUUCUUUUACUUUGCCCAGCCUGUGUUUGCUUUCUUACUCUUUCUCCUCUUUUUUUUGCCCCCUUUUUUUUGAAUCCACAUUCCUGUAUGCAGUUUUAUUUUCAUCACAUUUCGUCUUUGCCAUUAUCUGUUGCAGAAUUCUUCCCGUGAAGUCCGUGUUGGGCAGACCGUUAUUAGUCGAAACAGGAAUGGACUGUACUACAAAUGUCAGGUGAUAGGCUCUGCCACUCAGAUUUUCUAUGAGGUUAACUUUGAUGACGGAUCGUAUAGUAACAAUGUGUACCCAGAAAAUGUCAUGGUGAGUGAAAUCAUUACAUGCCCUAAUGUUCUCUGUAUGUGUUUUUUUUGUAUGUGUAUAUAUAUGUGUGUGUGUGUUUUUUUGUGUGUGUGUGUAUGUAUGUAUGUGUGUGUAUGUGUGUGUAUGUAUGUAUAUAUAUAUAUAUAUAUAUAUAUAUAUAUAUAUAUAGUUUAUUUUAUUUAUUUGUAAAUACACAUGUUUCAGAAAAGUAGAAUUAUUGUAAAAGGAAAAGAUGAAGCACAUUAAUAUUAUAUCUGAUUUCUAUCACAUUUAGAAUUCUAUAUUUCUUUAUCCCAGAACCUCCUCCUUGGAUUUCUCAAACCAUCUUAUCUCUCUUGCUUUCUAUUUCCUCCCUUUGCCAUUGUUGGCUUGUCUUGCACUACAGGAUUUCUUUUUCUUAGGAUUCUUGCCCAUCUACAUUAACCAGCAUCUGUUUCAAUCUAUAUUUAAUUCUCUGAGUAUUCUUCUUAAUCAUUCUUUCAUACAUUUUCAUCUCAGAGCAGGGAUUGCGUAAAGGAUGGGCCACCAUCUGAAGGCCAGUUCUUGGAGAUGAGAUGGAAGGAUGGAAAUAGGCAUAAAGCCAAAUUCAUCUCAUCCAAUAUCAACCAUGUGUAUCAGGUGAGCAAUUUCUCGGACACAGGGAAACAAAGCUGAUACAAGGACACAUACAUCCUUCAGAAAUAGAACACAUUAUCAUAUUGAUUUACAUAACAUAAACUGUCUUUGAAUAUGAAUAGCUAAUUUUGUCUUCUAUUAACCUCCUCUUCCCCACUCUUUCUGGGGGUAUCCUCUGUAUGUAGGUUGAGUUUGAAGAUGCCUCUCAGUUAAUGGUAAAACGCAAUGAGAUCUUUACUCUCGAAGAACAGUUGCCGAAAAGAGUCAGGUGUCGUCUAGUGAGUAUCAUCAGUUCUAUGGUUAUUUGUGGUAGUUAUGGUUUGCUUUUUUUGUAAACACAUUAAAGUGUCACCAAAAAGAAUAUUUAUGUAAUCUGCUUAUUUAUUGCUUCUCUUAAUUUUUAUUCUUAGGGCUUCAGGUUUCAUAAAAUACAUAAGGAAAAUUACGGGACUAUUUCUCCUUAUGUAUAGCAGUCAACUUAAUAUUUUCAGAUGCCAAUCUUCUACAAAUAAUCAUUUUGUUAAGCUAUUGUAAGGAGGAAUUGAUGACUUUUUAGAACAGUUUUCCAAGCUGUUGUUACAAUUGUAAAUUGCUGAAUCUAGCUAUAACGUUCUAUAAAUAGUGUCUGUAUAAUAAAAAUACAAACAGUCUUAUGCACCCGAAAGGGAAUACUGCAGGCAGCAUAGAACCUGACUUGUGUUGUAUAUGUGAAAUCUAGUAAGGUGCCAGGGAGGGGAGGUGGUUUUUUUUUUUUAUUAAUGUUGUAAUGCGUUUUUAGCUUGUUCAUUGAUAAACCCUCCUUUUGUGCAGUCUCUGAGUACUGGAGCUUCCUUGGAUGGCACAGAGGGUGAAGACACAGCUAAACGCCCAAGAGUGACCAGUCCCGACAGGCCUGAAGAACAUUCCGAAAGCCAGGCGUUUGAAGUUUUAAAAGAGCCAUUUGUAGAGAGCCUGAAUCAGUCUCAAGGAAUUUACUGACACUGCCAGCAAGCUGCUCCGAACAAUAUGUGGACAAACCAUGCACACCCUCUACAAUGUCUUGCUAAUGGUUGAACAUGAAAGCCUCUCUGAGGUUCACAGGUUAUGGACUAUUGACAUUUCAGAAAGAAUAAACAGGAGCAAUUAUGCCAUGGGCAGAGAUGCGGAAUGGGGACACAUCCAGGUGUGAACAAUAAUAAUGCUCCAGGUGCUAUCUUGAAACUGCCCUUUAGUAUUCUCUCUACUUUCACAACCUUGCAAGAAAUAUUUCUAGAAAUAACUGAAGAAAAUUUAAAAGAAGAAUUCAGAUCAGGUUUUAUAAAUUACUGGCUUUAAACAAUGAAUCAAAAGGCGAUUUUGUAGACGUACAUCUAUGGAGGAAAUCAGAGCAGCAACCAUUUUAUUUAUUAUUUUUAUAUAUAUAUAUAUUUUUAUUUGUAAAUGACACAAAAUUGUUCUUUGUGAUGUGAAAGAAGAUGAUCAUGUUUAUCUGGGGAAUUUGCUUGUGUUUUUCCUAAUUCAAAUGUUAUUUCUCUCCUAUUGUGCUGUUGUCGUCAUUUGUUUUCUCCUCCUUUUGCGUUUACUUUUCCAUACUUUCAUUUUUCUGGUUCUGUUCUUGAUCUCUCUCCUAUCACUACCUGUGAAUCUGCUGCUUGUUCUCAUUAAUUCACUUCAGCUUACUCACAAAAAAUUAUUUGUAUGGGACAGUAUUUUCAAAAGGGGUAAAACUUGUCAAUUACCAUUCCAGCUAAAUUGUUUGUUUGGGUUUUUUAUGUAUAUUUUAUUUCUGUUGGGAGAGGUGGGGGGGAUGCAGCAGAAUUUGUUCUAUGAAUUACUGUCCGAAGACUUAAACGGUAAUAGCCACUUCCGCCAUGCUGCUCCUGGAUGUAUGUAAAGAAUAUUGGGUGUUUUGGCUGGAGGGUUUGUGGUGGGGGGUUUGUACUAGGUUCCUGGGCUGACUAUGCAUGUGUUCUAGCCCCGUUUUCACCAAGUUUUGGGGCGAUGGAGUUGCAUUUCUAAGUAUUUUUAAUGUAUAUUGUGAGGUGUUGCCCUUGAGAGCUGUGCAGCCUGCAGCAUGUUUCCUGUUUGUGUUCUUAUAACCCAUGCUGUACGGAGCCAAAAGGAACCAUGAAAAAUAAAUUUUGGGGAGGGGGGGGGGAUUUGUCAGUUUGUCUCACGUCACACACAAAUCAGAUAUUUCCUCUUGUUAGACAGAUGUGUGAUGUAUUUUUCUGCUCAGUUUCUAAUUAAUUAAAAGCUAUGAGCGAAGAUAUGUCAGAUCAUUAAUUCUGUACUUUGACCUAUUACUUUUUUCAAUUUUCCUGUUUUAAUUUUUUAAUUCAUUUUGUUUGCCAGAUAUACUUUGUUCAUUAAUUUAUUUU